GCAGGGCACAGUGUGACCCCGACAGUGAUCAGGAGCGCACGUCCCUUCGCGAGCCAGUUCCCCACACGCGGCUGCUCGUCGCGUGAGCGCGGGGGUGUGCAGCAAUGGCUGACAAGAGCCCAGGAAAACAGUCUGCCUCCCAGGGCGAGGAUGGCCGAGGCCGCACUGAAAAGCACAAGCGUUCGCUCCUCAGCAAGGUGUCCUUCUUCGAGCAGGUGUGGUUUGGCCAGAACAGGUCACCCUCGCUAGAGCGGCGGCGCCCCAUGUCGAGAGAACGUACCAAGUCCCCGGCCACUGAGGUAGCUGACGAGGUUUUCGUCGAUGACUGGAGCGACGGACCCGGACAGGAGAAGAGGCAGCGCCGAGAGGGCGCCAGCCCGGACAGGGAGGAGACCCCCCGCCAGCGCUCCUCCUCCCGGAGCGAGGAUGAGUGGGAGUUUGUUGAAGGCACUGACUCAUCCACGUUGGCUGAGGACAUUGAACGACGCCUCGAGGAACGCCGAAGAAUGAAAUCUGGGAGUGACAUGUCUCCCACCCGGGAAUGGGUGAUGCUCCGGCGCGCCGCCGACGCUGCCAAGGCGGCCUCCGAGCACACGGAGCGACGGGGAUCCAUCCCAGAGUCUUGGGACUCCUCUUUCUUCAGUAAGUCAUCCAUGGCUGAGGACAUCGAGCAACGCCUGCAGCGUCACCGCCAGCAGGUGCGUCAGCGAUUGAGCUCCCCAACCCCCGAGUGGCCGUCGCUCCGUCGCUCCCCGGUGCCGCGGUCCAGCCGGGACACCAGCCUGGAGAGGGACACGCCCACCCGCAGCCGGACCACAAGUGGGGAGAGGCGGGGCAGCAGGGAGGGCAGCCUGUCCCCCAGACGUCACGUGCUGGAGAGGGAGGUGAUUGCUAAAGCUGAGCGUCGUGAGGGUGCCGUCACCGCCAUCACCACCACGACUCGCACCACCACUGUGUGGGACACCCCCGACGGGCGGCCUCGUGUCGAGACUCAGUCUAGCAGCAGUGACCUUCACGAGGAUGACCCUGACAAUGUUGGCCAAGGCGGGUACCAGCGAGUGGAGGAAGAGGAGCGGGAGAGCAUCGAGCGCGGCGAACGGAAGAGAUACAGCCGCGUUGUUGUUCACCGCACCUCCGAGAAAAGUGUCCGCUCCACGCCCUCCCCGGAGCCCCGAGAGCUGGGCCUGGCGUCACCGCGAGCAGCUGCCUCUCCACCUCCUGACUCCUCGGCCUCAAGAAGCGCCCGCAGCAGGACUCCCUCUGGGCCGAGGCCACGACUCCGAUCAAGAACGCCGUCGGUCGAGCGGAUCCUGGAAGUAGAGGAAGAUGACUCCGUUUCCUUCGUCCAAGAGCCAUGCACUGAGCCGCGAGCCUCGUCCGCGGAGGGCGAGCAGCAGGACGCAGGCGCGGGGGUCGCGUCUCCCCGGCACACGUCCAGCAAGCUGCGUGACUCAGACGGGAGAGUGAAGGAGUCCAGUAUGGACUCCAAGAGCCCCGACGAGGGGCUGACCAUGGAGGCCGUGAGCACCGUGCAGUGGGACACUGACGGCGUCCGCGGCGAGGUGCAGCGACACACUACGAGGGUUCUGAUCCGCGACCGUGACCCUUCGUACACCAAGUACGUCCUCACCUCCCGCACCACCUCCCGAGACUCCCUCUUCUCCACCCCUAGCAGUGAAGAUGCCCCCAGCCUGGAGGGCGGCGUCCCCUCGUGGGUAUCUCGAUCAGCCCAAUACGAGGAGGCUGAGGAGGACCACGCCCCCGGCAGGUUCAGGCUUCGCUCACACCAGUACCAAGAACACAUCUCCACCAUGAAAGACGAGCAGGAAAGGGUGCAGAAAAAGACCUUCAUGAACUGGAUCAACGCUCACUUAGCUCGGCACGUUCCACCGCUGAAGCUGGGUGAGCUGAUCGAGGACCUGAAGGAUGGCACCGCACUGCUCGCCCUGCUGGAGGUGUUGUCGGGGGAGAAGCUGCCCAUCGAGAAGGGUCGCGUCCUCCGCCGGCCACACUUCCUCAGCAACGCCAACACGGCACUACAGUUCCUACAGAGCAAGAGGAUCAAGCUGGUGAACAUCAACCCCACGGACCUGGUGGACGGGCGGCCCUCCGUAGUGCUGGGCCUCAUAUGGACCAUCAUCCUCUACUUCCAGAUCGAGGAGAACACCCGCCAGCUGGAGCGCCUGAGCCAGCUGAUGGAGCAGGAGGCGGGCACGAGGAGCGACUCGCCCUUCUCGGUGUCCUCGUGGACGGAGGGCUGCACCAUUUCCCGCGACCGGCCCUCCGUCACCCGCCGCUCCGCCGCCGCCGAGAAGUGGAAGAUGGGCGCGAAGAAGACGCUGCUUGAGUGGGUCCGCCAGACCAUCACGAAGAAGUUCGGCAUCGUUGUGAAUGACUUUGGAUCGAGUUGGAGAGACGGCACUGCAUUCCUUGCCCUUAUCCAGUGCAUCAACCCGCGACUAGUGAAUCUCCAAACGAUGAACCAAAUGACGAACAAGGCACGACUUGAAGCUGCCUUCCGAAUCGCUGAGCGAGGCCUGGGCAUCUCCUCCCUGUUGGAUGCAGAGGAUGUGGAUGUUGACAAGCCUGAUGAGAAGUCAAUCAUGACCUAUGUGGCAUCAUUCCUUCACAAAUUUCCAGAACCUGGAAUCACCUCAGUUCCGACUUGUAUGAGCCCAACAAUGGAGGCAGCAAGUGCAGGGGACAUGUUUAGUGAGAUAGAGAUGGAGUACACAGAACUAACCACCUGGCUGGCCCACACCUCCAAGUGGCUGGACACCCUCCAUGACCCAGCAAAGCAUGGCAACAUCAGCUAUGAGAGAUUUAAGGCUUUGAAAACUGAAGCAGAUGAAAAGAGAUUGAUUUACGAAAAGCUUCAUGACCUGGUUGAUUCUCAGUCCUCCGUCAUAUCAAUAACAACCGACUCCUGGGCCGGCAUUGCAGCUUCCUGGGACAAGGUUGCAGAGCAACUGUCCCAUUGGACAUGGCUGUUAGAUGCAUCACUGCCAGGUGUUCUUGCUCCAAUUGGAGAGUGGCUGAGUCGUGCUGAAGCCAUGCUGGGCACAGAGCUGAAGCUGUAUGGCAAGAAUGAUGAGAUUGCCACUCUGCUAAGUAAACAGAUAGAAGAGCACAAAACAUUCUUUUCCAAACUGCCGUCCAUUGUAUCAAGCUUUGAGGCUGUGAAGACUUCCAAGGAUGCCGCAUCCAUCCCCAAGCAGCAGCUGGAGGGCAUUGAGCAGCGGCUCAGCACCAUUGCCCCCCGCGCUGCACGGAGGAAGAUUAAACUCAAGUACCUGGAACAUAGAUAUUGUCUGGUAGCAUUCCUAAUCCUUGUAGAGGCAAAACUCAAGACUUGGGCUGUGAAAUAUGGCAAGGAACAAGAAGUACAACUAAUCCUCACUGAGUACCGGUCCUUUGUUGGGACCCGCAACAUAUUCCAAGAGUUUGACCGUGCCUUCCAUGAGAUGCAGCAGGUGUCAGAGGCAUACAAGAAGGACAUUGACCUCAGUAAAGCUGAGAGUGAUGGAAUUGCCAAGUUCUUACUAGAAAUAAAUGAACGCUGGAAAAACGUGUCUGUGGAACUGAGAUGCAUCCAGAGCCUUCUUGAAGAGGUCAUUGCAUACUGGAAAAAGUUUUUGGACCUCACAGGACAGUUUGAAGCGUGGCUGGACCGAUCUUUCCCCAUGGUCAAGCUGCCCGAAGAGGAGAAGAUGAAUUACUUUCAGGACCUUGGAGAAUGGAAGGAGAGGCAUGAUGAGAUGGAAGAGACUGGAAACUUCCUGGCAGCCACCUGCCGACCAGAGGUGGCUCAGGAGAUCCGGGAGAAGCUCUUCUUCAUCAACAAGAAGUGGGAGGACCUUUUCCAGUACGUCCAGCAGUACCUUCAUCAGGGUCAGAUCAUUCGGACCAAGAAUGACUACUGCUCUGGCCAGGACCGGUUAGAGCAGUGGAUACAGAAUGCUGAAACCCUUCUCAGCACCACUAAUGUGUGUACAGUUGAGGCGAUAAGAGAGUAUGGAGAAAAAUUAAAGAAAUUGAACACUGAGAUUGAUGACAUGGAGCUCCUAUUCAAGACUAUAUCCAAAGCCUUCCAGUCCCUUGUGCAGGACCUAACCCCUGAUGAGAUUGAGAGGAUGAUGUGGUCUCUAAAGCAGGAGAAAGAAGAGUUGGUUCGCUGUAGAGCCGUCAUUCCACAAAAAAUGUACCUCACAACACAAAUCAUAACACAGUUAGAAGCUGUGGAGAGUGGAAUCAUUGAAAUCAACCAGUGGCUUGAUGAGGGAGAGGCUCUGCUGAACUCUUUCAUAGUCCACGGAACAAAUGAAAGCAUGCAGCAGCAGCACAACAAGCAAAAAAGUGAAGAUGGUGAGUCUCCUUUACCCUUCAGCGGCCUCAUUGACACUGCAAGGAGCCACUUAGAGCAGCACAGGGCAUUCUUCUCAAGACAGUUGUACUACAAGUCAAUGCUGGAUACCAAGAACAGAGUUUAUCAAAAUCUUAUGCGCACCACAAAUGGAGGAGAAAACCUAAAUGUUCAAGAACUUCAAGAUAAAAUUAAUGAACUGAAUAGCAGGUUUGCAAGAGUCACUUCAUCGUCACUCAACUGGGAGACUCGCAUGAGUGAGAGCAUCAGGUGUUGGCAGAGCUACAAGGAGUGUGAAGCAGAGGUUACAGAGUGGAUCACUUCUGCUGAAAAGCUCUUCCAGGAGAAAGCAAUUACCACCAAAAACUAUCUAGAAACUCAUAAAGACUUUUUCAUCAAUGCCCCAGAACACCUCCUUCUGAAGGUGGUAACUUCAGGUCAGGACUUGCAGAAGUAUGUGGCCGAGUCCGAGAAGGAAGCGAUUAAUGUAGCAAUCAAGAGCAUACAGAGCCGAUGGGAUGAGGUCAUGUGUCAUGCUCCUCUCCAUCUUCUAAAGUUGGAGUUCCGUCUCGAUGAAAAUACAUUCCAUAUGUAUGUCCGGGACAUAGAGAAGGAGUUGAAUGGCGAACAGAAUGCAUAUAACAAAAAUGAAAAUGUGGAAGGCAUCAGGCGAAGACAUGAGGAGUUCUUUGCAGAAAAUUUGAUAACCCGCAUUGAAGAAUUGUUAGACAACAUGGAUGUGUCAAGUCAAGAAUAUCUUAAAAAGAAAGAGGACAGAGGCCUGUUGGAAGACUGUCAGCGGUGCACGGUGCAGUGGCUGGACCUACAGACCCGCAUUGGCACCAUGGCCUCCCAGCUGGACCAGAUUCCUGAGCGCUGGAAGGAGUAUGAGAACAAGGUUGAAGAAACCGUAACAUGGAUGGACUGUGUGAAUGACUGCUUAAAAGAAGUAAAUAGAGAAACAUCAUAUGCUGAUGAAUAUGAAAAGAACAAGGAAAAAUUUGUGGAUAUUUGUGGAGACUUGGAGGCCCGGCGGGAGUCCAUGAAGUGGCUGGUGCAGAUGCUUGAUUCUCUAAUAACUCACAUCCCAGAGGAAGAUGGACAGUAUGAGCAACAGAAACUUGAGUCUUUGGUGGGCCGCUACAAGACCCUUGUUCCUACCAUUGAGAGUACUCUUGUUCGUACUGAAACAAACUCAAAGUGCUAUCGGUACAGAGAAGAUAUUACCAAAAUUGUUGCAUCACUUGACAGUAUCACAAAAAAGAAGGAGAAAAGCACUCAGCCAGAGAAUCUUGAGUCAGUGCUUCAGUGCAUUAAGGAACAGGAAGUAGUUGUGCACCAGCUAGAGAGUCAGAGGGAUAACAUAUUCUCAACAAUUCAAAGAGGGAAAGACCUGAUGAGGGACCAGAAUGUACCACUUUUUGUCAGUGCCAUGCUGCAAAUGCUGGAAACAAAGUGGAAUGAAGCUUAUAAUGGAUCUGUUGAAACACUCAAUAAAUUAAAAUCUACUCAGAAAGUCUGGUCCGAUUAUAGUGCAAAGAAUGAAAUUUUAAAACUAAUAUCACAGGCAGAAUCUGAACUCUCCAGCAUCAUCAGUCACAACAAUCCCCAACAAGUUGCUAAUGAACUUAGUAACAAGCAGGAGAUGAAUGACCACCUGAGUGAGACAACUGACCAAAUGUUAAGAAAAUUACACAGUCACUCUAAUAACCUUGCCAAACUUGCUAAUCCAGAAAGAAAACCUCUAUUAGAGAAAGAGGUCGUUGAAAUUGAGCAAAAAAUGCAAACAGUUAUUGAUACAGUUUCUCAAAAGAUUGAAUUUUUAGAACAGCUAAAUGUGAAAUGGGUUCACUUUACUGGCACAUUGCAAGAACUAAAAUCAUGGCUAACUAAUGCCCAGAAUACUUUAGAGCGACAGGUGACUCUUGAAAUGUCUCCAGAGGACAGAGAUGCAAAAACAAAUGAGCUGCAGUUUAGUAUUGAGGAGAAAAUGGCUGUUAUUAGAACUUUAGAGGAAGAAGCUGAAGAACUCCUAGAAGGAGAACCAUCUAACGAUGCACUCCAGUUCAGUGCUGAACUCAGUGAUCUGAAAAUGAAUACUAAUAUUUUGAGUAAGCACACAGAAAAGCAUGCAGAGACAGUUCACAGUGACUUAAAACACUGGGAGGAAUAUCAGGAGGAGGUCAAAGAAAUAAAGCCAUGGUUAGAAGUUGCUGAAGCAAAGGUUGCUGUUGGACUAAGCAAACCUAAUUCAAUGCAAGACGUAAUUCAGUCUUCUGAGUUGGCCAAAGAAUUUGAAAAAGAAUGUGAUGACUGCCUGGAAAAGCUGCGCUCUGUAUCCUCAAAGAGUGCUCAGGUGGCUCGCAUCUGUCCAGUUGUGGAUGAAAUUGAUGCUCUUCAUUCCCGAUGGGCAGCAAUCCAUGAUGUUGCCCUGCAGUGGAGUGAGAGAUCAGAGAGUCUGCUUGUUGAGUGGGAAGACUUUAAUUACAAAUGUGAUGCCGUUUCCUCCUGGAUCCACCAGGUAGAAGAACGGUUAGAGAAAGUUAAUGAAUAUGCUCCAACAGUGCUACGCCUAGAAGACCGAUUAAGUAUCCUCAAGGAUGUGGUGAAGGAAGUAGGUGAAAAACAAACAGAUAUCAUAAAUCUCACAUCAGUUGGGGACCACAUAUCUGCAAGUAUGGGGACUGAAGGGAGUUCCUCUGUUAAGUCCACAGUAAUGGAGCUGAAGAACAUGGUAACAAAACUAAGUAAUGAAAUGCAUAAACUGAAGAAUGAGUUGUCAGAUAUAACAAUUGUUCGUCAGGAAUUCAUUGCUAAAGUGGAAAGCCUGGAAUCAUGGCUCAAUAACUUCAGCAAUCAGCUAGAUGAACUUGAGGACAUAGACGUGGAUGAGCUGGAAGGCUGCCCUGAUAUGGUUCACCGUCUACAGCAAGAGCAUGAUGAAAAGCAAAAUGAGGUCACCUCCUUGGCAGAGGAGUGCCGGGAUGUUGGGGACCGGUGUACUGGGAGUGACCGAGAUGAACUCUUCACACAGUUUGAUGAUGCAGAAGCCCGGUUUGAGAGUUACGGAGAAUCAGUGACGUCCAAGAAACCAGCAAUCCUGAAAUGGAAGGACUUCUUAGAGUGGCAGAGCAAUACUGAAGAUGCAGUAAAAGCCAUUAGCCAGCAGCUUGAGACUAAGCCCAGCCUUGAUGACUUGAUUCAGAUCAAGAAAGAAUUAGGAAACCUUCAAGAACAGUGCCAGUCUUGGGACGACGAGUCAUCUGACAUAGUGGAUCUUUGUAGUAAAGCUUCUGUGACUGUAAGAGACUCAGACACUGGGUCUGUAAUAGAUAUACAGUGCAAAGUAAUGGACUUUAAGAGGAAAAUGGACCAACUUGAAAAUAAUCUGGAAAGCAGACAAGAGCAAUUACAGGAAAUAAAUAGUUUGUGGGAAGCAUUCAAUAAUGCCCAAAACCAGUUAAGUGAGUUCCUGGAUGACUUAAAAGAUAGAGUUACAGAUGAAGACCUUAUUGAGAGCACAUAUGAAGGGGUUCAUUCUCUGCUAGAAACAGUUGAGGAAGCCCUUGAAGAAAUUCAGUCAGAAGUCAAAACAAAGGAGAGUUUGCAUGAGUUAGGACGCAACUUGAUGUCCAGCGACUCCGCUCAAUUAGUGUCUGUUCAGAAUGCACUAACAACAGCAGAUAGUCAAUGGGAUAGAGUGCAAAAUAUGCUCUAUGAAAUGCAGACAAAGUUUACUGGCAUCACUUCCCUGUGGAGGCAAUUCACAGAGGGGAAAGAGUGUUUGCAAGGGGCAGUCACGGAAGCACAACAGAAUAUUGAAACACUUGAAAGUAAACUUGUGAAUGCCAGUAGUGUACAAACAAUGAUUAAUCUCUGCAAAAAGACAACUGAUACACUUCGGAAAACCAGACCUCAACUGGAGAACUUCAUAACAAAAUCACAGCAUCUUUGUCAACAGUUGGAUAAUGAAGAAGGUUUUGACUCCAGUUCUGUAAAGCGACAAUCUCAGGGAAUUCAGAACAAGUGGCAGUGCACAAUGGACCUACUUAAUCAGAAGUCACAGAACUUAGAGGGGCAACUUAAUUUGUGGAAGCAGAUUAUACAAGGUCGUGAUGAACUUCUUACUUGGCUGACUGACACCUGUGAGGGUUUGGACUUGGAGGAAUAUCAGGAAGCAUACAAGAUGGAUGAAGUAGCAGAAAAAUUAGAGAAAUACAGAAGUGAAUUACCUAAAUAUGAAGGUCUAUUUCGUACCCUUCAGGGUCGUGCAAAGCAGCUGGAGUCCUUGAAUUCUGGUACUUCUAUUGACAAAAUUGAAGAAAUCAUCAGUUCCAUAUCAUCUGAAUUUGAGCAGACUGAAUCAGUUGCUUCCAAACUAAGUUCAUUCCUUGAUGAAGUAAAGGAGCAGGAAUCCAGUAUUAAUGAUGACAUCAGAGAAAUCAAUGAAGUCUUAGCUCAUUAUCGUGAGCGACUGAUGAAAUGUGAAGACAUAACAGGUGACGAUAAAAAGAUUGUAGCACGGCUAGAGGUUGCCAGAAAAAUUGAGGAUGAACUUGAGGAAUAUGAUGAAAAAAUCAAGGCAGUUGAGUCUGACAUUGAUGACUUCAAAGAAAAUUUCAAAGGUUGUGAGGCCAGCAAACUGGUAAAAGAAUAUUCAGCCCUUCAGAAGAAAUAUGAGGGAGUAGAAGCACAAGCAGAAAAAGCUUGCAAAAACCUUUACUUUGUUAUAGAGAAACAUUACACUGAUAGACUCAAGGCACUUCAAAGAUUUACUGAAGUUCAAAAAAAAAUUACAUGGUGUCAAGGAGAACCCAGCAAUGAUAGAUAUGGUGUUGAGGCAAAAAUAGCUGCACUCUCAGACAUCAAAGGCAGCCUGAAGCUGGGUGCUGCAAAGAAAAAGGAGCUCAUUGCAAGCCAGCAGCUGUAUGAAUGCACUGUGGAUGAUGAGGAUGUUGAAGAAAUACAAAAUGAUUGUGAAGCUGUUUUUACAGAUUUAGAGGAACUAGAUAACAGUGUUGAUGAAUGCCAAGCUUCUCUGAAUCAAGCUUUGGCCCUCUGGCAGCAAUAUGAACUGAUGACAGAGAAUUUGAGUUCUUGGUUAAAAGAAGUUGAAGCACGAAUGCGCACAGAAACCAUGAACCAAAUUGAUAUCAGUAUGGUUCAAGAGAAAAUUGAAGAAACUGAAGCUCUUCUAGAAGAGGUAAAUAGCCAUGAUGAUGAAAUAUAUGAACUUAUGGAGAAAACAGAAGAACUUAUGGAAAUUAGCCCAGACUGUAGGGCAGGAGAGUGUGCCAGCCAGAUACAGACUAGAGUGCAAGCACUCCUUCAGUUUUGCAACACAUUCCUGGGUAAACUCAACCAAUUAACUAAAGACCAAAAACUGUAUGGGGACACCAUUGUCAAGAUGGAAGAAUGGCUGAAGGAUGCUGAAGAGAAACUGAAAGGAUUUGAACAGCUAACUCGUGGUGGAGGAAAACCAACUCUGGCUUACCAGUCCAAACUUCAAAGUCUGAAAUCUUUCGUUGAGGAAAAGAAAAAUGGCCAGCAGUUGUUGAAUGCUGUGGUGGAGCAUGGAGAAGCUCUGUUCUCAGCCAUCACACCAGAGGGCAGAGAAAAAAUACGCUCAGAUCUUAGAACGCUCAGAGACACAUGGGAGGCUCACUUGGAUAAAGUUAAUCAGCUGUAUAAACGUGUUGAAAGCAUAAUAAUGCAGUGGUCUUCAUUUGAUGAUAAUUUCAGCCAAGCAGCCAAGUGGUUAGAGGAAAUUCAGAAGCGAGCAGGAGCUAAGUUUGAAUUGAAACCAACUUUAUCUGACAAAAAAGCUCAACUACAACAGUUCAAAGCCAUUUCUCAAGAUAUUAACUCCCAUGAAAGCAUGAUUCAUGGAUUGAAAGAAAAAAUUGAGUUUCUGACUGAUGACGAGACCUCGCAAACUGUGGAUGACAUGAUUGAGCAGUAUCAGGAAAUAGUAUCCGAAACUCAGAGAAGGAUUGGUCUCUAUGAGGAAUACAUACAGCAGCAAGAAACUUUCCUCCAUAACUUAGAAAAGUUCAGGGAUUGGCUCACUGCACAAAAAGCAGAACUGUCAAUGUGCUCUGAUGUUUCACCAGACAGCAGUGACGCACAGAUGAAAAUGAGUAUCUUCGAAUCACUUGAAGCAAAUAAAGAAGAAGGUCAGAACCUUAUAGACUUGUGUGAAGAGAGCUUGAAGUUAACUCUUAAGAGUACAGACCCAUCAGGGCAUGCAGCCAUCAAGGCAGAUCUGGAAGCACAGAAAAGUUCCUGGGAGACUCUACAGGAAGAGACUGCAGAGGGCAAGCAAAAUCUUCUGGAAGUUGUAUCUCAGUAUACUCAAUGUGAAGAAAUGGUUCAGAGUUUGAAGAAUUGGUUGAAAAAUGUUGAAAUCAGAGUAAAAGAUCAAUCUCUCAAAAGCAAUCUGGAAGCCAAAGAAAACCAUCUUGAUCAUCUUCGAGAACUGGAACAAGAGAUCAUUGACAAGGGGCCAGAAAUCAAUAGUGCACUGGCUCAGGCUCAGAAUAUUGAUAGUGAAGGAAAGCAUGCUGUUCAGAUCUCACAAAUUUCUUCUCGCUACCAGGCAUUGAAAAAUGCACUAAAAGAAAUGAUAAGUCGCUACGAACAGUUCAUUCGUGAGCACAGGUCAUUUUUGGAGAAGUACGAGGAGUGCACAGACUGGGUGGAUGCCCUAGAUCAGGAUUUGAGAGAGCACGCUGAAGUAGUGGGAGACAUGAAGAUACUACAGAUGAGACGCAACAAAGUGGAGCAGCUUAUUGAACUCAAAUCAAGCCAGGGUAGCAAGGUUGAAGCUGUGCUUGAGCUUGGUGAACGCCUGUAUUCCCACACUGCUCCUGAUGGCCGGGAGAGUCUUCGGCAGAGUCUCCGUGAGUUGAGGGAGAGGUGGGAGGCUUGGUGCGAGUCGGUUACCAGUGCUGGCUCAACCCUUGACCAAUGCCUGCAGCAGUUCUCCGAUUUUUCUGGAGCACAGGAACAACUUACUCGAUGGCUUCGAGAUGUGGAAUUAGCCAUGCAGCAGCACACUGAGUUGAAAAAUUCCCUCCAGGAGAAGACUGCCCAGUUACAAAACCAUAAACUUGUCCACCAAGAGAUUCAGGCACACCAGAAUCUUGUUGAAAUGGUGUGUGAGAAAGCUCAGACGCUAGUCAACCAGACUCAGGACAAAACUCUAAAUGUGUACAUACAGUCCAUUCAGACUCUGUUUCAAAACAUUGUGUUGAAAAGCCGAGACCUUCAAGACAAGUUGGAGUUGUGUGUUCAUGAUCAUGCUCAGUUCAAUUCACUUUGCAAAGGCUUCGGUGACUGGCUGAACCUCCAGCGUGAUCAGCUGCACCUGUGUGCCGAUGUGUCCGGUGAGAAGUCUGAUCUCAUCAAAAAACUUGACAACCUAAAGAGGGUAGAAACUGAACUAAACACCUGUUCACAACUUGUUGCAGUGACACUUAUCGUUGCCAAGGACCUUGAUGCAGUUCAGGGAACAGGGGACAAAAAACUGUCGGAGCUUCGCACACUGGGUGAAAAGGUUUCUCUUAGCACCUCAGAGAGGGGUGGAAAGGCUCUUAAAGCUACUGUUACAUCCAUGGAAGAUGCAUGGAACCAACACUUAGCUAAAGUUGGUGAUGUGCGAAAGAACCUGAAUACAGCCUUAAAUCAAUGGAAGCAGUUUGAGGAGGGCAUUGAGAAACAUUCUUCUUGGUGCAGAGAAAUGGAAUCUUUCUUCAAGGAUCAGCCUCUCUGUGCUGCCCUUGAGGAAAAGCAAGCUCAGAUUGAAGUUCUAUCUCAGAAGAGAGAGGAAGUUGUGCAUUAUGAGAGAGACAUCGAUAUGUUUGUUGACCAGAGUCACGCACUUGUGCGUAUCUCCAGUGUGGACCGACUAAAACCUCUCAUCACUCAGCUCAGCAACAGAUACCAAAGUCUUCAUGUCCUCACCAAGGAAGCCGUCACAAAGUGGAGAGGUAUUGUGUCAGAUCAUGAAGCCUUUGAGGAGAAGUUUGAAGAAAAUGAAAAAUGGCUUGAGAGUGUUGAAGAAGCUUUAGAUGAAUACCUCAGUGAAAUGAAUCCUGAGAAAAAGAACAACCAGCUGCAGUACCUUCUGAGUGAGCGUGAGCAAGCCACCCACCGCCUAGCAUCCAUAACCACCAUUGGUGAGAGGCUCUACCCUGACACUGCCACAAAUGGCCGAGAAAAGCUGCGGCAAGACUUGAGGACGAUGCGUGAGUGCUGGGAAAGGCUGGAGGCUGCCAUAGUGGAGGAGCAGCGAAAACAGGAGGCUCAGUCCCUGCAGUGGUCGUCCUUCUCAGACAGCAUCCAGGCGGCACGCAACUGGCUUGACAACAUGGAGAGAACCAUUGUUGUGGAUCCUUCCAACUGGCUGUCACUGCAGGAACUUCGAUCAAGGCACCUGAAAAUGAAGACAACAGUACAAGACAUCACCUCAUACAAGAGGGUGUUGGAUGCUGUGAAAGAACGUGCAAGCCAACUGUUGCAAGCAUCACCGAGUAACAAAGAGGUGACUGAAGCCAUGAAGGACGUUGAAUUACGGCAUGAAGCCCUUACUGCAAAGGCAAAGAAGAACAUUGAGGACCUGGAAUGGAUGACAGACAACCUCACUACACACCAGGACCUCUCCUCCUCCCAGGCUGAGUGGCAAAAAGAAAUGUGGGAAAAGCUACACUCCUAUACAGAUUACUCUGGAAACAAGUCUCAGUUGCAGCAGCGUUUAGACCGUGUGACUGAGCUUGAGGGCAGCAAGUGUGACGGCAGAAACAUGGUUGCUCAGAUUGGCUCACAUGCCGGUCAGCUCAUGGCAAGACUUCCCGCCAGAGCCAAGGAAACUCUGGAACGUGACAUCAAUGGCAUGAAGUAUGAGAUGGCCAAGUUUGCCAGCACCUUGGCGGAUGUCAAGCACGGCCUGGAGGAACGUCUGCAGCAGUGGAAUGAAUAUGAAGGAACUUUUGACCGCAUCAUUUCAUGGCUGAAUGAGUCUGAGACACUGCUGAAGAACUACAGUCCUAAAAAUACUCUCCAGGAAAAAGCAGAGCAGCUUGAUCGCUUCCAGGAAUUCCUGCGUGUAGUAGAUAGCCGGCAUGUGCUUGUGCAGGAAUUCAUUGCAAUUGCUGAUAAUCUUGAACAAGGCCUGGUGUUCAGCAUUGCCCAGAACCAGGGUGAGAUCGACAAGAUGAGCGAUGACUCCUCGGACUUGGUUGGAGUCUCAGGUGACACUCGGAUAUCUGUCAAUGUACAGCAGAUCACCUCAAGAUUCAAGGCCAUCCAGGUCACUUCCAAGGAUAUCUUAAAGAAAUGUGAAACUGCAGUGAAUGAUCACAAAGCUUUCAUAGACAAGUACAAUCAAAGUGUGAGCUGGUUAACGUCAGCACAAGAUAAGUUAGCCAGAUGUAUUGAGAUGCAGGGAGAUAGAAGCACCUUGCAAAAGAGAAGGGAAAUAGGAAAUGAAUUACUAGGAGAAAAGCAAACAGCAUUAUCCCUCCUGAACACUACUGUACAACUGGGGGAGAAACUGUACCAAUCAACCUCAGAAGAUGGAAGAGAAGCUGUAAGAAUUCAGUUGGAAGACCUUCAGGGAACCUUUGAUACUUUGUUUGACAGCUGUGCUACUAUGGAAAGAGAUCUGCAGAAUAAACUGAGUAGAUGGACUAGCUUUGAGGAAGCCAGUGAUCAGCUUAAACUGUGGCUAAAAGAGACACAAGCUCAAAUGCCUGAUGAAAUUGAAUUGAAAACUACCCUUGAUGAGAAGCGAGCCCAGCUGCAGACCUACAGAGUUCUGGUGCAUGACAUACUUGCCAAGCAGCAGACCCUCCUGGAUGUCCGAAAUAAAGCUGAAAACCUCCCACAAAAAUCGGAUCGUGUAAACUCAUUCUUAGAAACAGCAACUGCCCAUCACCAGGAAAUGCUUCAUCGUAUUCAGUCAUACCUGGAACAGUAUGAAGGCAUCGUCAGUGACCAUCAGCAGUAUAGUAAAGCAGUAUUUGAAACACAGGAAUGGCUGGAAGCUACACAGCAUCAAGUAGAAAUGUGUGAUGAACCUCACAGUGAUCACAUAACACUUCAUGCUAACCUUGAGAAACUGAAAAACCUUCAGCUUAGCCUUCCUGAGGAGGAACCCAGAAUCCACCAGAUAAGAACACUCGGAGAGAAAGUGAUUCCUGGCACGGUGGAGUCUGGACAGAUUUAUGUUCGCAAUCAAAUUGACUUAACGCAGCAGGAAUGGCAAGGUCUUGUGUCCUCGGUUUCUUCUACAAUAGAGAAACUUGAAGCUAUCCUGAGUCAGUGGGGAGACUUUGAGUCAAUGAAAGAUGCAAUUCAGACUUGGUUGCGUGAGACAGAUAAUAAACUUCAUGCUGUUAACCUUAAGAGCAUUUUGUCAGAGAAACAGGAAACACUAGAGAUCUUAAAAGCACUACAGGGCUCAGUACGUGCCAAGGAACUGGAGAUUGAUCAGUUAACAGAACGAUCCCAAAACCUUUACCAGGGCAGCAAUUCUUCCCGCAGCUCACAAGUCAGUGAGCUGUGUGCCCGUUACCAGCAGAUUUCAAAGAAGAUCAAAGAUGUUCAUGCCCGCUGGCACCAGUAUGUUACUCAUCAUGCAGAUUAUGACAGCAGAGUCACAGAGUGCCAUAACUGGCUUCAGGACAUCAAAAAGAAGCUUAGUUAUUGUUCAGAUCUUUCAGCUACAUCCCAGGAUGAUCUAGAUAAGAAAAUGGAAACUAUUCAAGAUCUCAUCUUGUAUAAGGAGGAAGGUUUUACAAAAGUUCAAGGAACUGUAGAACUUGCCCAAACUGUUCUAGCCAACACAGCUCCUGCUGGUCAUGAUGUCAUCAAUCAGGCUGUGGAGAAGCUGCAGCAGGACUGGAGUGCUCUUGCUUCUAAAAUGGUAGAGACAAAAACAUACUUGGACGAAACUAUUCAUCGCUGGGCAGGUUUUCUAGAGAAUAUUCACCUGUUGAACAAGACCAUCGAGCACGCAGAACACACACUGUCCGAUGUCAGCCAGUUCCAAUCAACUCUCUCUGAGAAAAGGGCUCAGCUGGAAAGACUGAAAAGCUUAGAAGAAAAGCUUCGAUGUGAAAAGUAUGAGGUUGACAGCUUGAAAGUUAAAGCUUCAGAGAUGCUGGCUAGUGGACAACAAGCUCAGGCUGCAUCACAAGCCCAGAGUAUAUUGAAGCAGUUUGAAAAUUUGUCAGAUCGCAUCAAAUCUCUACGUGCCGAGAGGGAAACUCAGUACCGUGACCACCGACAUUAUAAGGAAGCCUAUGAUGACCUACACGCCUUUGUGAACCGCACACGAGACAAGAUUCCAGCACUGAAGCAGAAGAAUUUAGGGGACAGACUGUCUAUAGAAACAGCUGUGCAGGCUCUUGACACCCUUCUUACAAGGCAGGCCCAAGGGCAGAUACUUGUGGAUCAGCUGCUGCAUCGAGGGGAAGUCUUCCUCCACUCGACCUCCUCCUCAGGCCAGGAUCACUAUAAGAAUGAGAUGCGAGCUGUGAAGGAGAGUUUUGAGGAAGUGUUCAAGGAAAUAGCUCAACAGAAACAAAAUCUUGAGAAAACUGUGGUUCAGUGGCGAGAUUAUAAAGAUGAACAUGAGAAACUUUCAGAUUGGCUGCAGAAGGCAGAUGCUGAUAUGAAAGCUUACAAGACCAUGCUUUAUGCCAGCAUUGGUGAAAAGACACAACAAGUUAACAAUGUGAAGGACCUGUUGGAGAACCUUGGCAAGCAUGAGGGUCAACUGAAGAAGCUGAAUGAACUCUCCAAAACCUUACAAGAAACUCACCUUGAUACAUAUGUUCAGAACCAAAUGCGACAUCUGAACUCUAGGUAUCAAGUGUUGGUCAAUAUGGCUAAAGAUGUUCUGAGGAAAGUGGAAGCAAGCCAUGACCAACACCGGCAGUACGAAAAUAACUUGAAGAAAGCAAGAGAAUGGAUUGACAAUGCUCGCAUGGUUGUGAGAGACUGCAUAGACAUGUCACCAGACUCUGGAAAGGAAAGUAUUGAACGACAUUUGGAUAUGAUUCAAGCCCUUAUGAGGAAACAAGAGGAAGGACAAUCCUUGGUGCACCAAGCUGUCAACUGGGGAGAGAAGGUGCUCCGUAACACUCGCUCUGAUGGUCGAGAAGCCAUCGAUGAGUCUAUGGAAGAUUUGCAGGCAGAUUGGGACAAACUUAUCAAGAAGUUAUCCAAUGCAAAGGUUUCUCUGGAGACAAGCCUUCUUCAAUGGGCUGAUAUGAGUGCAUCUUACAACAACAUGCAGCAAUGGAUAAGUGAGAGAGAAGCAAAGCUUCAGCAAUUGACUUCAGCAGUGGCAGCUGCCAACAAGAAAAGUUCAGGCCUCUCCCAAAGAGUAUCCUCCUUGACCAUUGGGGAGCGUAAAGCUAAUCUCCGGCGCACCAACAGUAUCGUGCAGGACAUUGUGUCUUUUGAACCAAUGAUUGAAUCAGUAACAUCCAAAGCCACAGAGAGUCAAGCAAGUCAGAUGAAGAAUAAUGCAUCAGAAAUUUCUAGCAAGUACCACAAUCUGAGUAAACAAGCAAAAGAAUUGCUGGAGAAACAAAAAGAUAUGGUGGACCAUCAUCAAGAAUUUGUAGAUGCUGGUAAUGAAUUUAUGCAUUGGCUGAGGGCUGCCAAGGAGAGAAUGGCUAAGUGUGCUGAGCCAACUGGGGACAAAGACACCAUAAGUGGCAAGGCAACAGUACUCAAGCUUUUGCAGAAUGAGCAAGAGGAGGGACAAAAGAAGCUUGAUAAGGCUUUCACUCUGGCAGAAAAGGCAUGCAACCUGGCAGAUGAUGAGGACAAAGAAGUGAUUGAAGAAGAAGUUGCAUUCCUACAAGACGAAUUUGAUAAAUUCCUGGGGCAAGUUGGAAAAACAAAGAACCUUCUUGAAAUGGGUAUAGUGAAGUGGACAGAAUAUGAGGAUAAAUUCAAGGAAUGUGAGGAGUGGCUUGGUAAAAUGGAUGAGAAAGUUCAGAGCUACAAUAAGCUUCAAAAUACAGUUCAGGAGAAGAGGUCUGUACUGGAAGAGUUCCAAGGAACUUUGCAAAUGAUAUUUGACUGGCAAAAGACUCUUGACCUUUUGAAUAUGCGUGCACAGUUGUUACUUGAGACUUGUGCUGAUUCUCGUGUUAGCAACGCAGUGACUCAGCUGACCACCAAGUACAACACACUGCUGUCUCUGGCCAAGGAAGUGAUGCGACGCCUAGAGAUGCAUUUCCAGGAGCACCACCAGCAUAACCAGCUGUACAGUGAGUGCAACGAUUGGAUUGAGAAUACCCGCAAGAAACUUAAUGAAUGCCAUGGUGAUGCUACCAGUCUGGAAGAAUUAAAUAGGCAGCUGCUUGCUGUGAAAGCUAUUAAAAACACAUUGGAACAUGGCCAGCAUAAACUUAGGUAUGUCUUAGAACUUAAAGAAAGAGUAAUAAUGAAUACAGAGCAGCUUGGUGCCGCUAGAAUUCAAGAAGAUACAGAAAGUGUUCGUAAAGAGUUUGAGAAACUAAUGUCAGAUAUAUACAGUUUCCACCAAAGCCUUAGUACCAAAAUCUCACGGUGGGAAGAGACAGAUAAAAUGCGUGAUACUGUUGUUGAAUGGUUGGAGGAACUCAACACUAAAGCCUCUGAACAAGGUGUGCUCUUCAGUGAACUGAGUGACAAGCGCGCUGCCUUGGAAAAGUAUCGCAUCCUCUUGCGUGACAUUGCUGCACAUUUUGACAUGGUGGAGCGCCUUGCAGGAAAGAAGAGCGAUGAGGGGUAUUCUGAGGAAGAGGUAGAUGAGUGUCUUGAGAAAUAUGACGAUAUCAAGAAAAUGGUUAUGGAUAAUAUCAAGACCCUUGAGGUGUAUGUCAAGGAGCAUGAAGCAUAUCAUGGGGCAGUGAUAGAAGCCAAUGACUGGCUGAGGAAGACUCGCAUCACAAUGCAGCAGUUUGCUGAUAGCCAUGGAGAAAAGAAAGAAGUUAUAGAAAAACAGCAGCAACAAGAAGACAUUGCUGAAGAAUUGCCUGAAGGUGAAGAAAUAAUUGACAAAGCCAUUGAGCUAAACAAAGCCAUAAGACAUUCCACAUCAAAGGAAGGACAGACAGUACUGUGCAGUGAGGCAGAAAGUCUGCGUAUGGAAUGGGAGUCUCUGCAGCAGAUGAGCAUUGAAAUCCGUCGCAACUUGGACAAGUGCCUGCAGACCUGGAACGAGUUUACUGAUAGUCACAAGGAGUUCUCUGAGUGGCUUGAGGACUUCCAGCAGCAGAUGGCAGAUGAGCCUGAGGAGCCAACACCAGAAGACCUUGAGAACUGGAAGAAAUCUUUGCAGGAGCUCCUGGAGGAAGCCAACAGUAAGAAGGUGCAUCUGGAGGUGCUGAAUGAUCGAUGUGAGGUGCUGAUGGACUACAGUGCUCACACCCCCGUCCGGGACAUGACCGUGCAGCUCCAGGCAUCCUACACCAACGCCCUCACCAACCUUCAGAGUCUGGUUGUUGUGGCCCAGAAGACACUAACUGACCACACAGAAUUUAUUACCUCAAAGUCAGAGUUUGAAGACUGGCUUGGGCGUGCUCAGGGCACGGUCAAUGACUGUGAGGAUGACGAUGGUUCUGAAGCAGAGGUGAGAGAGAAGCUUCACACUGUCAAGAUGGUGUCAACACGACUGUCUGAGGGCCAGCACCUCCUGGGAGUUAUGGCUGAUAACUAUACUCAAGCCCUUAACCUUACCCAGCUGGACCAGCAGGAUAUUAUUCGACAAGACUUCACAAAGCUUAGAAAUGAAUGGGACCAAUUUAACAUUUCGCUCACCUCCACACUAUCAAGACUUAAGAGUGCUGUAAAUCGGUGGGAAGAAUUCAAUGAGGCUCAAAGCAGGCUGGAUACUUGGCUCGUAGAGGUGGAAGAAAUGCUGGUGGACACGCCCGACUCCCGCGGUGAGGUGGCUGAAAUGAAGACUUUCCUGGAACGCUACAAACACCUCACUCUCCAGAUCCAGGAGAAGCAAGAAGAGGUUCAGUCUCUUAUAGAUGAGGCAGAAGAGUUUUCAGAAAAGGCUUCAGAUGAGGAGAUUUUGAAGCGUAUGGAGGAGGCAGAGGCCAAGUGGGAGCGGCUGAAUAGUCGGUGUAAUGAAAUCAUUUCCAAAUUAGAAGAAGAAAUUUCUGAUUUUAGUGAUUACCAGGUUGCCCUACAAGAAACUGAAAAGUGGCUUCUUCAAAUAAGCUUCCAACUGAUGGCUGAAAACUCUCUUUAUAUUUGCAAUAGAGAACAAACAGAAGAACAAAUUGAGAGCCAUAAUGAACAGGUGGAGGAAAUUGAAGAAUAUCAGCAGACACUGGAGGAAGUAAAGAACAAGGGCAGGAAGCAGAUUGACCGCUACAUAGGCACAGUGCCGGCCAUCCAGGACAAAAUUGAGCACCAGCUUCACAACAUCCAGGAGAGCUACGACUCAUUGCUUGGAACAGCCACACACAUACAGAAGCGUCUCAAUGAGUCUUUGGCCAAAUUUGAGGAGUAUGAGGCUACCCUUGAGUCCAUUGAAAAUAACUUAGAAGAAUGGGAACCUAUUAUUGCAGAGGAGAAUGACACCACCAUCCAGACAAUGGAGGAAGCCAAGUAUCACCUGGAAUGUACAAGAUCCUGGCACAGUAAGCUGCUGGGAGAGAAGUCUCGGCUGGCCUUUGCAGUGCAGGCGUGUGAGGCAGCCACUGCCUCCAUCUCCCGCCCAGGCUCCCCACAGGAUGUCAUUUCUCAAUCCAUCCCAGAGAAUGAAUUAGCAGUUCGGGCAAAGCUGGAAGAUCUCAUUGAGCAGGUUCAGGCCAGAGUAUCAACAAUCAGCAGUUCAGUGAGUGAGCUGGAGGAGCUUGGCCGCCAAAACGAUGCCAUCAAGAAAUGGAUGGAGGAAUACCACUUUAUUGUGCAAGACUUUAAGAGCCGUCCAGCCAAGCUACGCCCUGAAGCCUCAGCACACGAGAUAUCUCAAAUGAAUGACCUUCGUUCAAAAAUUUUAGAGAAACAAAAUAUUCUUGAUGAGCUAGAAAUCAAGCAGAUGAACUUAGCUCCUGACAUUGCAGAAUCUGACAUUCGGGAACAAAUGAAUCAGCUGGAGGAGGAGGUGACCAACCUCAUUGAUUCUCGAACUGUUGUCAUCCAGCAAAUUGAAGAGUACAGAAGUAAACUUCAACAAGUUUAUGCCUGGUUUGACACAAUCAUUAAACAACUAGAAAAAUGUGAUAAAAGUGAAAACAUUGAUUCAGGGAAAAAGUCUGCUGAGGUUCAGAAGCUGUGGAGUCAAUUUGAAGAUGCUCACUCCAUGCUGGAGGAACUGAAAGUGAAAGCUGGAGAGGUAAUGGUUGAACUCUCCAGCCUGGAUGUCCAGCAGGUGGAAGAACAGCUAAGAUCAGUAGAGAAGAAGUAUGCAGAUCUGCAGAAGCGUGUUGGGAAGAAGAUGCAAGUUAUUGAAAUGACAAGGAAAGGUUAUGAAGACUCCAAGAGUGACAUUCUUAACCUGCAGGCUUGGCUGAGAGAGAAGCUGGAGUUCACAAGGAACCUUCCCCUGCUUGGCUACACCAGCAAAUCAACAGAAGUCAAGUUACUGGAGAUCAAUGAUCUUUCAAAAGAGGUUUCAGCUAAGAAAAUUUUGAUUACUCAACUGGAGAAGGCUGUUGAAAACUUGAGAGGUGAUAUUGAAGGUUCAGAAAUUCAGAAACUUGAGAAUAUACUAAGUAAGAUAACAGAAGAACAAAAAAUCCUCUAUUCUACUGUGAUGGAAAUUAAGAAUGACAUGAUCGUGUCAUAUGAGGAGCGAAGGAGCUUUGAGCAGUCGCUGGAUCAGGUGAGGGCUUGGGUCAGUGGAAAGACUGAUGAAGUAGUGUGCCCAGACCUGUUGCCUCUCAAGUCAGAAAAUGCAGAGCGCAUAGUUGAGAAAUACAGGCGAUUAGAUGCUGAAUUAAAGCAGUAUGCAGAAACAAGUGUUGCUGGUGUAAAAAGACAAGGAAGUGCAUUAUUUAAAGACUGUACCGAUGAAGAAAAGGAAGGUUUGCAUGACAUCUUGACAGAGAUAGAUGACAAGAUGAAUAAUGUCCGUCAGACUAUGUCUGGAACACUGAAUCGCCUGUCUAAUCUCCUAGAAGCUAGACGUGACUUUGAAAAGGAAGUUGAUAUUGCCCAGAAGUGGCUUUAUCAGGCUGAAGUUGCUUUGCAGACUGACCCAAAAAGCCUCAACACUGCAGAAGUUUUGGCAGAGCAACUUAAAAAGCUUGAGACCAUGGAGGAUGAGCGAGAAGCUGCAAAUAAAAGAGUGACAAGCAUUGCAAACUUAUGUGAAGAUCUGCUGCCUUAUAUCACAGAGGCUGACAAGUUCAGCUUAGGUGAAAUUGUUGCUACUAUUCAAGACAAAACAUCAAGGGUGAAUAAUUCUAUAAGUGAUAAAACAGAGCAGGUUCGCAAUACCAUCACGCUUCUCCGCCGUAACACUGAACGCAUUGUUCAAACUACUCAGUACUUUUCAACCAUCCAAAAAGAAAUUAAGUCACUUAGUAGGCCAGUUGGUCGCACUGUAGAGGAUGCUCAGAAUCUUCUUGCAUCAUACCAAGAAGUGCUUAGCAAACUGAAUGACUUCAGGAAGAAUAUGGAUGGGGUUCACUCAGGAACAAAUGUGAGCAUAGGAGAGAUGCGGGAUAUUAUGAAGCAGCAGCAAGACCUUUGUCAAGUUGUUGAGAAGCAUGUUGUAAGGACUCGACAGCUUAUUUUAGUGAGGCAGCAGUAUGCAUCCCUUAUCAGUGAGAUUGUUGGAUUCACAAAUCGAUACAAAGCUGUUGUGAAAGACAUUGAACAAACUGAAAAAACUGUUAAUGAUAAGCUCCGUAAGUAUGGUAUUGUGAUAACCAAGAUACAGGAAUGUGAAGCUCAGUUGACAUCUGCACAAGACAAAGGUUCAAUAAUCAGUGAAGAGGGAACAGUUGAAGACCACAAUGCCAUCAUGGAACAACUGCAGCUUGUCAAAAACAACCUCAGUGCUCUUCGUCGCGAGGUAGAAAAACGGCACUCAGAACACGAAGUAUCAGCUGAGAGUCACAAGCGCAUCCAGGUUGAGCUGAACAUGACCAUGGAGUGGUUAUUUGAGCAAGAGUCUGAGCUGAAGACUCGGCCACUUCUUACUCUAGAAGUGGAGAGUGCCAACGAGGAAAUUGAGUCACAUGAAGAACUAGCUAAUGAUAUUGAAGAACAACUGAAGAAGAUUCGCAACAUUAAGGAGAGAGCCAAAUCAGAAACUGGUCUGCCAUAUAUCUUGCAAGAAAGAUUAUCAGAAGCAAAAAUGAUUCUGUCCACUUUCCCGCUAGAGUUGGAGUCUAGACUGAAGUAUCUCCAAGACGAAAAGAUGCUCCGGCUGGACUAUGAAGACUUUGUAUCAAAAAUUAAUGACUGGAUUGACAAGGCUCGCCAACGUAUUGUUGAUAUUGACUGCAUUGAUUUUGAUAACGUGCAGUCAGACCUUGAAGACCACUUGGCUUUCUUUUCAAGUGAAGGCCUUAUUGGCGAGUCACUGGAACAACUUGGUAACAUUGCUGAACGUAUUGUUCCUUCACUGACAAGUGAAGAUCAGGACAAGCUCACUGAAGAACUCUCACAACUAACAAAAGAUCUUGACCAUGUUACCAAAUCUGCCAGAGAUCACAAAACCCAGCUUGAGAAGAAUGUUCAACUUGCAAUGGAUUAUAGCAAGAUUCUUGAGCAGGCCAGAGGCCUCAUACAAGAUGCUAGUGUCAACACUCUUACAAACGAUAGUGCCAUUAAUGUGGCAGCACUGAGAGUGAACCUUCAAAGAAUUGACGAAGAGCGCAUGCGGCUUUAUGACCAGAGCCACAUCAUUACUGAUUUUACUGAAAAAGCCAAUGAACUGCUGCAAUAUGCCAACAGAUCAAGUCACGUUGCCAUAGGCAACCAGCUCCUGGAGAUAACCAAAGAGUGGAAAUAUGCAAUGACUAACAUGGAGAGUCGCCGUGAAGCCCUGGCAUCUCUUAUCACUCAGUGGCAAGACUACGACGUGGCCGUGAGAAGCCUGGAAGUGGGUCUGGACAACCUGGAGCAGCGGCUCAACAAAGACCUGGACACCUCCAUCACUGACAACCAGGACAUGGAUGCAGUCAAGGACACCAUUCAGUCACUGGAGGAGGAGGCUGAGGACUUCGAGGAGGAGAUCGAGAGCUUGCAGGGCCGCGCCGAAGUGGUGCUCCAGUACUUGCACACUGUCAGUGGCGUUGCCUACACUGCCACCAAGGAGAAGCUUGAGAGGGUCCUUCGGCGCCAUCCUGAGUUGGUCGAGAGCCUCCGAGGUAAGCUGACGUGGCUGAGCGGCGAGGCGGCCUUCGUGGAGCACCUUCAGGCCCAACUGGACGACGCCACACGGGCCCUGCACGACGCCGCCACUGACAUCGCUGCGCUGGACCUCUAUCACCACGACCACGCCGCCGUCCAGGAUAAAAUACAGAGUGUUGGAUUACGUGUGAACCAAACAGCCAGCGAGGCCAAGCACCUCAUCAGCAAGACCAAGAGCCACUACAUUACUGAAGGCCGAUCCCUCCCGCAAGACGUCGCUAGUCAGUUGUCGAGUCUUGAACUAGAGGCGGAGAGUCUUGUAGCAAAGAUGGAGGACGAGCACCAGGAGGCGAAGCGGGCGCGCACCAUCCGCUUCGAGUAUAAUCGAGACGUGGAGUCGGUGCAAGCCUGGAUACAGGCGGCGGAGACUAAGGUGCAGGACAAGAGCGUCGAACCACACAAAUUGAAAGAGUUCUUGCAAGAAAUCCACUGUGAAAUCGGUAGCGUGACGGACCAGCUGGAGCGGCUGACUCGCCACGGCCACAUGAUAUGCCAGCGGACCAGCAACCAGGGCGAGCGAGAGCUGGUGGCCAACACCAUCACUUCCCUCACUGAGCAGCUUCAGCAGGUCAAGAAUUGGCUGGAAGACAAGAAAGCACAGGUGGGAGACUCCCUGGAGUCCUGGCAGCUCUUCAUCCAGCUGUACAACUCUCUGCGCAGCUGGGUGGAGAGGCAUCGAAACUUCCUCUCAGAACCACUCAAGUUUGCCACCCUGCCCGAGGCUCGCGCCAAGCUUCAGGAAUAUGCCGCUGCCGUCAAGGACUGCAAAUGGGCCAAUAAGCAAGCCGCGGAAAUGACCGCAGAGCUUGCAAAGAUUGGCCAGUGCUCCGACGUGGGCCCACUUACAGAUAAGCAGGCGGAGAUGGAGCAGGAGAAGGCAGAGGUAGAGACCAGCUUGAAGGAAGUGAUGGCUCUGCUGCAGGAGAUGGCGGAGGAGUGGGAACAAUGUGAGCGCAAGUCUAAAGAUGUGGCGGGAUGGAUUGAGAAGACGCGGCAGUCGUUAGACAACCCACAGAACAAGAAGCGCUCACUGCGGGACCAGCUGGCCUCCAGGGAGAAGGUGUUGGCGGACGUUUCCAUCCAGAAAACCAAACUGGUGAUGGCGAUGGAGAAGUUGCAGGUCCACUUCCGAGACCGCAUGUGUGCCGAAGCCCAAGUGUCCCACGAGAACGAGCAGCUGCAGCGGCGCCUGGAUGAGCUGCAGGCGUCGGUGAAGGAGGACUGCAGGACCCUGGAGGCGUGCGUGCACCAGAUGGACGCUUACCAACAGGAGAUCCAGCGCCUCCGUCAGCAGAUGGUCGGGGUGGAGCAGCAGCUGCGGAUCGUGUCCAGCCCCACGUACAGCCCACGCGACCGGGACAAGGCAGUGGCCGAGCAGAACGUGCACCAGGGCCAGUGUGAGUCUCAUGAACGACUCAUUGCCCAGCUCACCGAACGAAUCUACCAGAUUGACCCCUGUGCGGUGAUUCCGACCGAGAUAACUGUAGAAACGACCGAAACGAGCACUCUGGCUUCAACACUUGAUACAGUCAGCGCAGAAGAGGUGCAGGGUCCCCCCCUGCAGCCUAGUGCUGACCCUGAGGUCCAGGUCCUGAUCACCCAGGAGCUGCCUGCCAGUGAUGCUGACGGCCUGGACUCCGAGGUGAACACCUUGACCGACAUCAACGCCAGGAACCUUAUACAACAGCAACAACAACAGCAGCAGCAACAGCAACAAUCUACCACCACACAUAUUACACCUGAUGCCGGGAUGCAACUCACCUGGGCAGACAUCGCUGCAGGUCGAAAAAGUCCUGGACUGUUCGGCCAAGUGUGUUUUGAAGACAUAAACAUGCCCCAAGUUGUGCCGAUGCAGCAGGAAGUUGAGGAAACUGAAACACAACAAGAAACAACCUCGCUGCCUGCAAUACCAACCCUUAGCGGAGAACCUUCAAGAGAAGAGAGUGUGGCGGUGGAGAAACCCACCAGUGCUCCUUCAUUAGAGGACCCCGUCACCAGCACAGCCCAAGCCAUUGCAUCCACUCACAAAGAAGAAAAACAAGUUCGUGAGUUCAAAAAUCGCCAACAACAGUUUUCCAAGACUUCAAAAGUGCCCAGCUUUGAACAGGAUGGUAAGGCCCAGAAACGAGGCCAACCACGUGAUCGACGGUUCCGCAAAAAACAGCAAGAACAGCAGCCUGAAGCCCCUUGCCCAUCAGACCCUCAAGAGGAGAUAUACUAUGACGCACCAAGUCGAAGAAAUAGUCAAAAGAUGAGCCCCAAGAGAGCCCCAUACCCCAAGCCCAAGCCAAGUCCCCGGGAAAGCCCCAAAGACACGCCAAUGGUAACUCCAAAGACUAGCCCAACCGAAAGUCCAAAAUCUAGUCCCCAAGCUGAGCGACGGGAUAAUCCACAAGUCAGUAAGGCAGAGCUUCAAGAGACACCGCCGUUCACAAGUGAAGAGGUCAGGGCACAGAGGAUUGCUGACACUGUGUCUUGGGAUGGGAGGAAAACAUACGCUGAAAUUCUGAAGGGCACCCAAGAGAUGAGAGCACGCAGGGAAAGGCAACAAGGCACAGAAGCCCUGGUACCACCAGCUUCAGCACAGCACGUAGCAUCUGAGUCAGGGCAACAACCUACCUACGUGGAGGCAUCUACCCAAGCUACUGAAGUGCUCGAGCAAACUCCCAUCUCGACAGUGACUGACUCUCUGCCUUCUGUUGUUGAGCAAUCAGAAUCUUUGGAGUCUCCCCAGCAAGAUUAUGAGACACCCAAUGCACCACCAGUUGAGGAGACACCACCACCACCACCAUCACAGCCAGCUACUCAGCAAAUUCAUGAGGAGGCCCCUGCAGUUAUGCCUCCAUUCACAACUUAUCUAGAGCAGAACAACUUCAUGUCUGAGACCAUGGAGAUCAGCCAGAGCCAUGAACCUGGGUAUCAGCAAGGCAUGAACAUGCCCAUGUUCCCCCAUGGGUAUCCAGUGGAGGCACAGGGCAUGCAGGGGCCAGUGCACACCCUCGAAAACCCCAUGCAAAGUCUAGUAAUGAGUGGCAGCAUUGAUACCAUGAGCUUCUACCCUGCAGUGAGCCAGUACCCUGCCACCAGUGCCUACAUCCCGGAGGGUUUUGCCACCUAUGAUCAGGGUGGUGAGUUUCCUCAGCAGAGUGAGAACAGUAAUGAGUUCACAGGAAUCAGCAGUGAACAACAGCAACAUGCAGUUGAGGAGAUGCCCAUCAUGAGCAUGGUGACCACUCAGCCUCAGGUUACUCCACCCAUGAUGACACCUCCAGAGACUCCAGACCAGUAUCAGGAAGAGGAAGAGGAGGAAGAAGCAAAUUUAACUCCUGAGGAGCCAAUGGAGGUUCCCACCAUAGUGUUUGAAAAAUCCCAGCAAGCACCAGUUGAAGUUAUCACUGAAGUGGCCCCUGAGCAUGCAACACAUACUGAUGAUGGGGCUCAGACAUCCUCUUCUGCUGAAAACAUUGAUAAAUCCAAGUUAUCCUAUGCACAGAUUCUAGCCAUGGGCCUCAAGGCUGCUCCCUCUGCCGUUGUUACCCACACUUAUGGGGCACUCAAAUCAGUGAUGUCUUACGUGAAAGGCCCUGCUGCUCGAGAUGAAAGGCAGAAGCAUGAGCAGAGAGAAAAGCCUAUUGAGUCUCUGCCAAGCCCACCUCCCAGACAAGAAAAGGCUGCUGCUUCCCUUGCUGAUCAAGACAGAUCAAGAGGGAAAAAGAGAUCCUUUGAGCCUAAAAUUGAAGUCACAUUACCCAAAGAGCCUGAGGAACCAAAGAAAGAGAAGGACACUUUGCAGACAGAGACCUACAUCCCUGGACUGGUGUUCAAGGCAGCCACCUCAGAUCGUCGCUCUCGCUCCAAGAGUGCCCGGAGGAAGAAGCGAGAAGGCUCUCAACAUGCUGAGGAGCUUUCCAGGGAUAGAGAAACACCACAAACUGAAGUUGGAAAAAGGGAUACCUCUAAAAAAGCAGAGAAACACUCAAAAGCAAAAAUCCCAAAACUUGAACCUAGCACUAAAGAAGCCAAAAUUCAGCCUAAAGUGACUGAAGCACCAUCACCCCCACCAGGCCCUCAAGAGCUGCAGGUGCAAAAAGCCAGUCCUCCUCCUCCCACUGAGGCAAGAAUUUUGGACACACCUAAGCUCAGCAAGUCACAGAAAACACCAGAACCCAAACUCAAAGAUAAGGAACAGAAAACAGAAACUGAGAAAGUCUUGGGAGCCAUGGCAACAGAGAAAAGCAAGUCAGAGGCAAGUAAAGCUCCCGAAACAGAAGAAAAGCGCAAGAAAAAGAAAAAGCGUGUCAUGGCCAGCCCUGAGGAACAUGAAGAUGAGCUGGAAAAGGCACUCAGAGAAAUUGAGGAAAUGGAAAGAAGUGGGAAGAUUCAGCCUCCAGCGGCCGCAAAGCAAUCUGCAGCGGAGGAAGACAAGGCAAAGAAACGAGGCUUCAAGAGGGCCAGAAAGACUGAUCAUCCAGCAGCUCCAAAGCCCUCUGCUCAGCCCUCCCAGAGUAGUGACACAAGUCCAGAAAAUGUAGAGACAGUGACAAAACCCAUCAAAGCAGAAAAGAAAAAGGUUUUAAAACACAAAGUGGAAAGUGAAAAGGUUCCAGUAGAGGCCAAGGUGGCCAAGACUCCAAGUGCUCACAAAGGAGAGACAAUUGAAGCCCCAGGCGGUCCUAGUAGCCAAAAUGUGCAGACUCAGGCAGACAAGCAUAGAGAAAUUGCUGCAAAAGUGAGACAAGAAAGUCCUGCAGAACCUGUUGAGGUAUCAGUACCUGAGCAAGUGGCUGCACCCUCUAACCAGCUCCCUGAUGUUCCUGCUGCUCCCCUUGUUGACCCUAAACCCCCCUUGUGCCUUGUAACACCAAUAACACCAGAGACUGUUAGUGUCCCAGCUACUGACCCCAUAGUGUCCCACCCUGAACAUGCUGCAGAGGAAGCCACUGCCACAAAUGAGAUCACCAUCCCUGACAUGCCUGCUGAAACUCCUGCAGGAGAUUCUGAGCCCAUGGAGGAAGAUGGCAAGAGUAAUCUCUCUCUUUAUGAGCAAAAGUGUCAACCUGCAUAUGGAAUGGACAUCACGUUCCAUGAGGAUGUGCCCUCCACCACACAGGAGCUGAUGCAAACUCCAGAGCUCCUACCUUUGACAGAAGCAGCUCCUAAAAAAGAUGAUUCACUUGAGAAUAAAGUAAAAUUGUCUGAACCUGAGCAAAGUAAAUCUGUGACAGGAAGUGAAAUAUCAAACACUGAAAGAGUUAUUGAGAAUUAUCAGACACAUCAAGUUAGCUCAACAAUAAAGACUUACAAGAUCAUACGAAAAAGAGUGAUUAAGAAAGUAAUAAUCGUUGAUGGCAAGCCAGUAGAAACUGAGGAGGUGAUAGAAGAGCCAGAAGAGGUGACUGAAGAAAUGCUGGCAAAGCUUCCAGCUGACUCUGUCAUCACUGAGACAGUCACAGAGCCUGUUACCACAACAGUUUAUAAGAUUAUCAGAAGGAGAGUCAUCAAGAAGAUUGUAAUCAUUGAUGGCAAGCCAGUGGAGACUGAGGAGGUGGUAGAGGAGCCAGAAGAGGUGACUGAGGAAAUGUUAGCAAACCUUCCAGCUGACUCUGUUAUCACUGAGACAGUCACAGAGCCUGAGGUUACAACUGUUCAUAAGAUUAUCAGAAGGAGGGUGAUCAAGAAGAUAAUUAUGGUUGAUGGCAAGCCAGUGGAGACUGAGGAGGUGAUAGAGGAGCCAGAAGAGGUGACUGAGGAAAUGUUAGCAAACCUUCCAGCUGACUCUGUUAUCACUGAGACAGUCACAGAGCCUGAGGUUACAACUGUUCAUAAGAUUAUCAGAAGGAGAGUGAUCAAGAAGAUUGUAAUCAUUGAUGGCAAGCCAGUGGAGACUGAGGAGGUGAUAGAGGAGCCAGAAGAGGUGACUGAGGAAAUGCUGCAGAACCUUCCAGCUGACUCUGUUAUCACUGAGACAGUCACAGAGCCUGAGGUGACAACUGUUCAUAAGAUUAUCAGAAGGAGGGUGAUCAAGAAGAUAAUUAUGGUUGAUGGCAAGCCAGUGGAGACUGAGGAGGUGAUAGAGGAGCCAGAAGAGGUGACUGAGGAAAUGUUAGCAAACCUUCCAGCUGACUCUGUUAUCACUGAGACAGUCACAGAGCCUGAGGUGACAACUGUUCAUAAGAUUAUCAGAAGGAGGGUGAUCAAGAAGAUAAUUAUGGUUGAUGGGAAGCCAAUGGAGACUGAGGAGGUGAUAGAGGAACCAGAAGAGGUGACUGCGGAAGUGUCGCAAAACCUUCCAGCUGACUCUAUUAAUACUCAAACAAUCUUGAAACCUGCAAGUGUCUGCUUCUUCCCCAAAGAGGUUCAACUGGUGGACCCUUCAGAACCCAGGGUCACUCAAAAACAGAAAGUUGAAGGGCUCACUAGGGAAGGCUAUGAUAAUACAGACAGAACAUCAGAAAAAAUGACUGAGCCAGAUCGUCUGAAUGGAACUGCUACCUACCAGUACCCACGAGAAAGUCAGGUUGGGGUGGCAGCACCUGAGUUUUCAGCCUCUUCACCUAGUGCUGAGGAGCCAAACAUGACAGAAGCUUUGCCAAACCUUUCAGUAAGUGCCAUAAUCAAUAGGACAGUCCCAGAAACAGAGGAGACUGCCACUCAAAAGAUCAGUACAAGUCGUGUGAUAAAGAAAGUGACAGUGGUUAAUGGUAAGCCAGUCGAGGCUGAUGUGACUGAAGAACCAGAAGAUGAAGUUGACUCAGCUUUAAGAAUCAUUGCUUCAGAAGUGGCCAGAGAGGCCAUAUCAACAGAACAUGAUGUCCUUCCAGAGGAGAGAAUAGUUCAUGCCAGUGGAAAGGAAGAGACAUUUGCUGAACAAGGGACAGUCCCCACAGCCCCUGCCUUUGCCCUGCCAUUGCCAGAGCAUGCCAAUGACUGGAUGGAACUGAUUGAGGGUGGAGGGUUCACCCUUGAAGAUGAAGAUGAGGAGCCCUCUUUGUGCCAGGCUCCGCAGCAUAAUGUCUUUGUGCCUCAGGAAAAAGCGCAUGAAGAGAGUGAUGGUGUGCCUCUGCAAGAGCCCCUUUCCAGCAGGAAAAGUCAGCCAGCUUUUGGCCUUGUUCUUCCAGAGCAUGCCAAUGACUGGUUAGAAAUCCUUGAGAGUGGUGGGUUUACACUUGAUAGUGAGGAGGAGCCAGAAAAACAUCCUGCACCACCAACUGAAGAGGUCUCAAUACUUACUGAAGAGGAUGCUCCUAAACCUGAUAAAGAAGUCGGUGCUGUUGCAGUUUCCACGCCUGCUGAAGAGGCUUCCACAGCAGCUGUAGAGACUAUAACAUCUGCGUACAUUGAAACUCCUGUGGAAGAAGUUUCCAAAAUAGAGACUGUAACUGAAAAAAUGCAAGUUCAGCAGAAUUCUGUAUCACCUUCUCAGGAGAGGUCCACCUUCAACCUGCCCAUCCCUGACCAUGCCAAUAACUGGAUGGAGAUGGUACUCGAAGGAGGCAUCACACUCAAUGAGGAAGAGGAUAGUCCAGCAAAAGACGUCACAACAGUAGAGUCAUCGCAGAAACAAGAUGUCACUUUGCCUUCAGCCACCAGUAAAGACUUGGAGGAAGAAAAUAUUGUUGAGAUAGAUGUUGCACAACCCACAUCUGAAACAGGGAGAGACGUAGCACCUGUAGAGGCACCAGCUGCACCUCCAGCAUUUGCUCUGCCCAUCCCAGAACAUGCCAAUGACUUCCUGGAGAUCAUUGAGAGUGGAGGCUUUACUCUGGACUCUGAGGAGGAGGAGGAGAGUGGUAAUGCUCCCCCAGAGCCUGUCCAGACAACAGAACCAGCGACUGUCUCCCAGAAAGAGGCACCAGCUGCACCUCCAGCAUUUGCUCUGCCCAUCCCUGAACAUGCCAAUGACUUCCUGGAGAUCAUUGAGGGUGGAGGCUUUACUCUGGACUCUGAGUCUGAGGAGGAGAGUGGAAAUGCUCCCUCAGAGUCUGCCCAAACAACAGUAACUGCUGAUGAAAAGUUGCCUGCAGUCACUGCUGUGGCAGAAACAGUGGGUCAGGUUCUGCAAUCCCCAGUCAAGCAGUCGGAGGAAUUGAAGGUAGAGGUAGCUGCAGAACCAGCGACUGUUUGCCAGAAAGAGGCAACAGAAACAGGGAGAGACGUAGCUCCUGUAGAGGCAACAGCAGCACCUCCAGCAUUUGCUCUGCCCAUCCCUGAACAUGCCAAUGACUUCCUGGAGAUCAUUGAAGGAGGAGGCUUUACUCUGGACUCUGAGGAGGAGGAGGAGAGUGGUAAUGCUCCCCCAGAGCCUGUCCAGACAACAACUGUCACAGAGGCACCAGCAGCACCUCCAGCAUUUGCUCUGCCCAUCCCUGAACAUGCCAAUGACUUCCUGGAGAUCAUUGAGAGUGGAGGCUUUACUCUGGACUCUGAGGAGGAAGAGGAGAGUGGUAAUGCUCCCCCAAAGCCUGUCCAGACAACAGUAACUGCUGACAAAAAGUUACCUGCUGAUACUACCACAACAGAAACAACUGUGUGUGCUUCUGAAUCUACAACAGUUGAGGAGCUGCAAGAAAGUUCUACACAAAUACAGGAAACAGUGUUUUCGUACGCAUCCAUCCUUGCAGUUGCAAAAACCUCUCCCACUGAGGAGCCCACAGCUGAACCCAAAAAGCCAUAUCAGUACCGUGAGGCCAUUGUUUCCAUCCCUGACAGUCCUUCUCCCGCCGUGCCAUUAGAGGAAGAUUUAAAGAAGGAUUCUGAUGGCUUUGAAGAGAUCCAGUCUAAGAAGAAGAGACGCCGUAAGAAGGGAGGAAAUGAGAAAGAACUAGAAGCCACAGCUACAGUCUCUGCUCCAGAGGCUCCAGCUGUUUCUGUAGAGAAAAUGCCUCAAGGUCAGUUAGAAAAAUCACAAGAUACUGCUGCCUCUCUCUCCCCUGCUAAGGCUGGCCCUGAGAAAACCAUCAAGACUGGCACUGAUGCUCCAGAGGGGAAGGCACUGGAGAAGGAGGAAGUUCAAAAGGGGGUACAUCAGCUGCAGCCUGACCCUCACAAUCCUGUAACCAAGAAGGCUGACAAGAAGAGGAAGAAGAAGGCUACAGUGAAAGAGGAACUAGACCAAACUAAAAAAGCUCCACAAGAAUCACCAAAACAGAAAGCUGAAAAAUUGGACAAGCCCAAAACAACCAAAACAGUUGAGGUGACCAGCGUAGAGACAGAGUUUGCUGACAUAACCAUGGAAGAGUCUGUUGAAGGACCAAUCGUAGAAUCACCUGUAGAAGACAAAGUGCUAGAUGUGGAGCCCAAGAGUCACAUCACUGACACAGAGGUGGCCACUGUGCAACUCCAGGUCCAGACUACCAACAAACUACAGAAAAACCCAUCCACCAAAACUACAGAGGUUCCCAGAGACACAGAGGCCAGCCCGGCACACAGCAGCUCCGAGGGCUUCAUGUCAACUCUGCUCUCAGUCCCUCAAGGCUCUCAGCGUCCCACCAGUCCGCUGUUUGAUCCCAAUGAAAUUCUUUUAAUCCCUCAGUGGAUGCGGCAGAGACCAAUCACCCGCACCACCAGCACCGAGGACACAAUCACUAUCCCACUUGAGGAACGGAAAAGGCUGUUCAAGACGAAGAGCGCGCCGCUGGAGAGGACCAGUAUGGCUGCUGCCAAGGACGCACAUGCUGUGUUGGAAGAAUCAUCCUCUGCAGCGAGUGAUGGUGGUUCACAGCCUCAUGUUCCUGGGGAAGAGUACUAUAAGAACAAGAAGAAGAGGCCCAAGAAAGGGAAAGGAAGAAAAGGAGAUGACAAGGAUCAAGACAGAGGAAGCAAGUAUUUUGAUAAUAUGGAUAAGGAAGCAGAAGACAGAGAUGAAUUUGGGAGCAGAGAUCUGGAAGAGGAAGGCAGUCUGCAGUUUGAGAAGGAAGACACUUGCCUCACACCCACUGAAAGGACACCACCUCCUUCAAACCUUGAGGAUGUUGCUGGAGAAGAAAAAGAGGAAAAUUUAGAUUCCAUAGAAGAGCCACAAGAAAAAGCGACUGUAGUAGACACUGUAGUGGAGGAAACAUCUGUCACACUAAAAGCAGAAAAUGUGGAUACUGAUUCACAGAAAUUAGCAGAAACUGAUGAGGAAAGCCAUCCAGAGCUGCUUCAGGAAAUAGCUGCAGCUGCAUCUGACCUGGAUCAUUUUGAGAGUCCCAAAGAGUUUGAAAUGGUUCCUCCACCAGAGGAUGUGAUGUCUGUGGAGCGGGAGGAGGCUUAUGAUGGGGUCAUUGUAACAGAAACUGAAGUUAUACAAGAACAAGAAAAAGAAGCGUUAGAGAAAGAUUUUGAUCUGGACCCAGAGUGUGUUGUCUUUGAAGAGAAAGAUCCCAGCAAAGAAAAAACAGUUGGGUUGGAGAAAAUUGUACCUAAUUUUGAAGAAGCUCUCCAGGAAGCCAUGAAGUCAGUAGUAGAGGAAACAAGCAAUGUGACAACAGUUCAGUCCCACGUUGGCUCCCAGCCGGACCAGACCGAUGACUGGCUGCACGUGGCCAAGGAGGAGGACCUUCCUCAAGCCACCACGAGGUCUGAUGAUGGCAGACUCUCCAAGGAGGGAGUGCACUUCGAGGAUCAGGAUGGCCUGACUGUUGAGGAUGUCAGCUCCAUCGUGACAGAAGACAAAUCGUUGGAAUCCCUUGAAAUAACACCAGAUGAGGGCGAGGUGCCUCCUCUGCCUAGUGAUGGUCUGGUGGCUGUCAGUGGCACAUCUUUGUGUGGACCCCAUUCAGAGCAUGACUCUGGGGUGAGUGUCACUGGGGCAUCUGAGCCUUCAGAGUCCAUAGGCCCUCAAGAACCAGUGUCCUAUGCCAAAAUUCUCAUCCACUCACCCGCCAUUGUUGUGGAGGAAGCACCAGAAGAAAGUAAAAAGCCAUAUGUGUACCGAAACCCAACCUUGGUGGAAAUGGAGGCACAAUCAAAGGAAGAUAAGCCUUCUGCCAAGGUGGAUGAAGAAGGAUUCACUGAGAUCUUAUCCAAAAAGGAGAGAUUCAGGAGGAAGACCACAAGCACUUCAGCAACAACUGAAGAAAUUGAGGAAGCUGUUCUGUCUGUGGUAGAGGAAGUAAAGAAGGACACAGCCAAGUUGACCAGGGAAGAAGUCCUCGAGGCACUGUGUGCUGAGGCUGACCAGGCCCAGAGUGAUGAUGAGGUCAAUGUUGUCGAGGUGCAUCGGCCAAGAAGGAACAAAUCAAAGCAAAGGUCCCGAUCUAAGAGAUCAUCCAAAGUAUCAGAAUCUGAAAAAGAAAUUGAUGAGAUUGCAGCAGCCAUCGAAAGAGGAGAGACUCCACCCAAACCCAAAGAUGUGGUUGAGUAUGAACACAAACUUUUUGCUGCAUUUUAUUUGGGCUCAGAGCUGUGGUAUGAUGUAUUUGGUAUCAGGGAUGCUGAGCUGUACUACCAACAGUAUAUCCUCGAACUACAACGAGAAAAGAGCGAAUCAGCAAAGGACAUUCAGUUAGACACAACUGGCCAGAAAGCAGAGGUGGAGCAGGAGAAGGAACAGCAGGGAUCUGUCAAAUCCUGUGCUGAGCCCCUCCCUGGCAGCAGUCCUGGUGAGGCAGCCCCAUGCAGGGAUGAGGCAGCAGCAAGUGUAAAGGCAGCAGCAGGAAAGGAUGGUGACCAGGCAGAUAUGUAUUCUCCACCAACAGUGUUGCUUGACUCAGUGGUGAAAGAAGCUUCAAUUGAUGAAGAAUUGAUGCAUCCAACUCCUGGUAUUCUUCCAUUACCAGUUGACUGGGAUUCAUCAAAUUAUGAUAUGAAUCAUAUAUUAGAAGCUGAAACCCGCUAUUAUGAGUAUGUUGCACAGCGGCAGUUGGAAGCUCCUGGCACAGAGGAUAAGAGCACCACUGAUCCAGAGUCACUCACGCAAGUGCCUGUCACUGCUGCAGCGGUGGUCACAGACAACCAGGUACCGAGCCUAGAUAAAACUGUGAUAUGUGAUGAUAAUCAAGUUAUCAAACAAGAAGCUGUGAUAAAUACGAGUCAGAUACUUCUUAAGAAGACUGUGAUAGAUACUCAUAAGGUUGUUGAAGACAGUAUCGUGAUAGGAGAAUCAGGAAUGGAGGAGACUGCAGUGCAACCUGCCUCGUCUCUUGUUGAAGAACUGCUGUGUGAAAAAUCAGACAGUGUGCCAGUCAUUACAGGACCUGAGGAUCAUUGCCAAGAGUGUGCAGCUGAAGAAGCCAAACACACUGCCUUAUCUCAAGAUGAGGCUCCUGAGCUUACCUCUCAAGAAACACUGAAAACUAAUGUUGAAGAACCAACUUCUUGUGAUGAGAGCAAAAGUCUUCAGGAUGUCUUGGUCAGUGAAAGGGAUGAAGAUUUAGCAGUAGCAGACAAUGAGCAGUCUUGCAGUCAAAACCUUGAGCAUAUGUCAGCACCAAGCUAUGACAUGUCCACUAUCCAGACGGCCGAGGCAGAGUACCAGAAAUACCUCGCCCAUGAAACCCAAACUGCCACCUGGGCCAAUGUUGUGGCCCAAGGCAAACCCACAGCCCUCCAUGAAGCCGAGGAAGAACUCCCCAAGGAAUCUGGUGACGACAAGUCAUUCAUUUUGUACCAGACAAAAACAAUCAAGGUCUUGCUUCCUGAAGAUGAACCGGCCAAGCCCCAGGUGCCUUGCUCUGUGGACGAGGAAGGCUUCACAGAAUUCAUCUCCAAGCAGGAACGUCGCCGCCGCCUCCGAUCAUCCUGCUCUGAGGAACCGGAGGAAGUGAAAGACAUUGUGCCUUAUGUUCCAAGAAUAGAAUUGCCUGAAGUAGAAAUCAUAGAGGAAAAACAGCAUGUUGAAACCCAUGAAGCACCAGAUUCACAUUCAAAGGAGGAAGAACUGGAAGAGGAAAGCAUGGUGGAGACUGUGGAGAUCAAAGUCAGACACCGAAGGCGGACUGACAGCCAUCGAAGGAGUCAGCGUUCUCGCAUUUCUGCCGCUGAAAAGGAAGUGGACGAAAUCCUGCGGCAGAUGAGCCAUGAAGACGUGCUACAAGAAUAUGCAAGCUUUGAAACAGUUUGGCAUGACAAGUGGCAAGCAGAAGAUAGUGAAAGAAGUUACCAUGAAAUGAUGGCGACUGAAGCUUCCUCUCAAACACAAGCUCUUGCACAGACCUUAGAGUCAGGGAAGUCACCCCAGGGAGAUGCAGUACCAAUCCGGACACAAGAAGAGUGCAUUGUUCACCUCCCAGCAUCCAGUGACACUCUGCUUUUGCCUUCCCUCACACCCUCCCUUCCUCCAACUAACUAUGCCCUUGAGCUAGCUUGCUCCCCCUCAUAUGACAUGGCUGCAAUUAAUGAUGCUGAAACCAAAUACUACCAAUACCAAACUCACACUAGUUUUGCUCAUAAACACAUGUCAGUGGUAGAGGAGGUUUUGAGUCCAAAAACGGAAACCGGAAUACAUGACGAGUUAGCAGCAGAAGUAGUUUCUUCAGAAGAUGUAGGCAUCAUUUUAGAUACACCAAGCCCACACGUGCAAGUAGACCGCAGGCAAACAGAGACUCAUUAUGCUUUACCUGAGCUAAGCAUUGUGAGUGAGAAGCCUCAUGACACCAAAACAGACUUGAAGAUGAACGUGGCUGCAGAACCAGCGACUGUCUCCCAGAAAGAGGCACCAGCUGCACCUCCAGCAUUUGCUCUGCCCGUCCCAGAACAUGCCAAUGACUUCCUGGAGAUCAUUGAGAGUGGAGGCUUUACUCUGGACUCUGAGGAGGAGGAGGAGAGUGGUAAUGCUCCCACAGAGCCUGUCCAGACAACAGAACCAGCGACUGUCUCCCAGAAAGAGACACCAGCUGCACCUCCAGCAUUUGCUCUACCCAUCCCUGAACAUGCCAAUGACUUCCUGGAGAUCAUUGAGGGAGGAGGCUUUACUCUGGACUCUGAGGAGGAGGAGGAGAGUGGUAAUGCUCCCCCAGAGCCUGUCCAGACAACAACUGUCACAGAGGCACCAGCAGCACCUCCAGCAUUUGCUCUGCCCAUCCCUGAGCAUGCCAAUGACUUCCUAGAGAUCAUUGAGGGUGGAGGCUUUACUCUGGACUCUGAGUCUGAGGAGGAGAGUGGAAAUGCUCCCUCAGAGUCUGCCCAAACAUCAGUAACUGCUGAUGAAAAGUUGCCUGCAGUCACUGCUGUGGCAGAAACAGUGGGUCAGGUUCUGCAAUCCCCAGUCAAGCAGUCAGAGGAAUUGAAGGUAGAGGUAGCUGCAGAACCAGCGACUGUUUGCCAGAAAGAGGCAACAGAAACAGGGAGAGACGUAGCUCCUGUAGAGGCAACAGCAGCACCUCCAGCAUUUGCUCUGCCCAUCCCUGAGCAUGCCAAUGACUUCCUGGAGAUCAUUGAAGGAGAGGCACCAGCAGCACCUCCAGCAUUUGCUCUGCCCAUCCCUGAACAUGCCAAUGACUUCCUGGAGAUCAUUGAGAGUGGAGGCUUUACUCUGGACUCUGAGGAGGAGGAGGAGAGUGGUAAUGCUCCCCCAGAGCCUGUCCAGACAACAGAACCACCAACUGUUUGCCAGACAGAGGCAACAGAAACAGGAAAGGAGGUGGCUCCUGUCAUAGAGGCAGCACCUCCAGCAUUUGCUCUGCCCAUCCCAGAACAUGCCAAUGACUUCCUGGAGAUCAUUGAGGGUGGAGGCUUUACUCUGGACUCUGAGGAGGAGGAGGAGAGUAGUAAUGCUCCCCCAGAGCCUGUCCAGACAACAGAACCACCAACUGUUUACCAGACAGAGGAAACAGAAACAGGGAAGAAAGUGGCUCCUGUAGAGGCACCAGCAGCACCUCCAGUAUUUGCUCUGCCCAUCCCUGAACAUGCCAAUGACUUCCUGGAGAUCAUUGAGGGUGGAGGCUUUACUCUGGACUCUGAGGAGGAGGAGGAGAGUCGAAAGGAGGUGGCUACUGCCACAGAGACCAAGUCCCCCAGCACUAUAAAGCCUCUUGAUAGUGUGGCAACAGCAGAGGCCUCGGUCAUGAUGAAAAACCCUGAUACUGUGACGGAACCCCAGGCUGUCAGUCUGGCAAAGGCUCCUGAUGCAGAUGUUGAGACCGAGCCAAUCCAGAAAGCAUAUACUCUGAAUGAUAAUGAGCCUCAGAAGCUCACAACCAUUAGCAUUAAGAAGCUUCACAAUGACUCAACUGAAGCACUUGCUGAUUCCUCUUUGGUACUUCCUCCUUCUCUACCUCCACCUGAUGACCCAUUGACCAUUGAAGUAGCAGGCUCAUCCCUAUCAUAUGACAUGCCGGCCCUCAUUGAGGCUGAGGCAAGGUAUUAUGAGUCUCUGACAAAUGAUAAUCUGGGAUAUAGAGAUGAUGUGGCAAUUCCCUCCAACAUUGCAAAUUCAGCAGAGAUCACUGUUUAUGAUCACUUUGAUUCUGAUUUGCACACUGAAUUCCAAGGAUCUUCUGACUUCAUUGAAAAGACACCAGCUGUUAUUGAGGAGGUGGUUUCAGCAACUGCUCCAUCAUAUGAUUAUGGCAGCAUCCAAAGGGCUGAAGUAGAACAUCAAGAACAGUUGACUCAGGAUCAACAUAUCAAGAAACUAAGAAAGGAGGAGGAGGAGGAGGAGGAGGUGACAGUUAAAGCAGAACAAAUAGCAAGGGAUGGAGAAGAGAAAACUACUGAUGAUCAAAAUUCUAUAAUCCAAGAGGCUCCAUCAUUUGGGAACUAUGACAUGAGUGCAAUAGAGACGGCUGAGACAAAAUAUCAGGAGUAUCUGGCUCAGUGCACAAGAACCACCUCCUGGGCUGAAGUUGUGUCCCAUGGGAGGCCAGUGGAGGUAGAAGAGGAAAGAGAAGAGCCCAUCGAUGAGAAAUCUUUCAUCCUCUAUCAUACCAAGAAAGUCCAAGUUGUAGUAGCUGAUGAAGAGCCACAGAAACCUACUACUCCUGUUGUUAUGGAUAAAGAAGGAUUUACUGAAUUUAUUUCCAAACAAGAACGCCGAAGAAGACUGCGCUCGUCUUGUUCUGAGGAACCUGAAGACUUGAUUACUGAUAUUGUGCCUUAUGUACCUAGGAUAGAAUUGCCAGAAGUAGACAUUUCAAAAGAGUCUGAAUUGCUGAAAUCUCAGCUAACAUCUGAUGCUGAAAAUUAUGUAAAAGAAGCAGAUGAUGAUGUUGAGAUACAAAUUGACUAUGCAGUUGAAGAUGUAACCAAGGAAACCAUAGGAGAGUCAAGUGAAGUUAGCAGUGCGAUAAAACAGGAAAGGAGCACCAAGUUUAGCCGAGAAAAGCACCACCACCGGCGUCAACGAUCCCGAGUGUCUGAAGCGGAGCAGGAAGUGGAUGACAUCCUGCGCCAGAUGGACCGGGAAGAAGUUUUGCAGAAGAAUGCCGGCAAUGAUUAUUUCCUCUGUAACCAGUGGAUAUUCAACGAUGCUGAGAAGAAUUACUAUGAAAUGAUCGAGCAGCUGAAGAAAGACAAUGAUAAUCUGGUGAGUGAAAUUCUAGAGAAAGGCAAAGAUGAGGAUGAUGACGAUUCUAAUGACGAUGGUUAUGGUUCCCCUCCUGGGCUUCCACCAACUGAUAGCAAAGAUGGUCGAUAUGGAAGAACGUUUCAUGCAGAAAUCCUACAAGCUAGCCCUCCUCAUGGUUUAGCCAAUUGGACAGAUGAAAGCACAUACCUUUCUCUAACCUCCCCACCCCCUGACCCUGUAACUGUUGGUAGCAUCCCAGGCUCUUCAAUGACUCAGACACAACCACACAGCCAUGACCUGACUCAGACACAGAUUCCUACUCCCUCCAUGAGCAAGACAACCUUGACUGAGAUCAGCAAGAAGGCAGCUCCCCCGCAGGCCCCUUAUCAAGCCAGUCCAACACUCGCCCACAACAUAGAGCACCAGCAGAUUGAGGUAAAGGAGAAGAUCACCUCAGCUCAGGAAAAGCUUCAGAGCUUCCAAGAGCGCCUCCAGAGCCUGGUGGACCACACAGUCCUCCAGCAGCUAACCAUCAUUCAGACUUUGAUCAUUGAGAUGAAGCGACUGGAAGAUGAACUCAUUUACCUAGAAGAGAAAGGAAAGAGACUGGAACAGGAUUCUGAGAUGCUUAACCUGCGGGCCACAGUCAGCGGCCUCAGCACCCGCCUCAGGACAGUUCUUGCCCAAGCACUUGCCAAGAGAACAGAAAUUGAGGCAAAACAAAGUGCAGGUGAGCAGCAGAAGCUACACCUCAUAGAGUAUCAACAAUUGCUGCAAGACCUGGAGUGCUGGGUCACCGAGACAUACAGCCAGAUCACCUCAGACAUCUCCCUCAGUGGCUCGGCGGAAAUCCAGGAACAAAUUUUAAAUAAUCAGACACUCCAGCGAGACCUCUGCCGCCGUGAGCUACAGCUUAAAGAGCUGCAGGAGAAGUGUGAGCAUGUGGAGGGAGAUCCACACAUACUAUCUCUCGCUAAGGAGAUGACAGAUCACCUGACCUUUUUGAGUCAAACAAUCAGCGACACUCGCUUUGUGCUUCAGAAUCGUCUGCAGCAGCUGAAGGAAAUCCUGGCGAAUGAAGAGGUGAAGGAACACACUAUCAGCCAGGACUCAAAUAAGGAUAGCAACAGCACAGAGGUGAUAGAGGAGCCGGAAGAGGUGACUGAGGAAAUGCUGCAGAACCUUCCAGCUGACUCUGUUAUCACUGAGACAGUCACAGAGCCUGAGGUGACAACUGUUCAUAAGAUUAUCAGAAGGAGGGUGAUCAAGAAGAUAAUUAUGGUUGAUGGCAAGCCAGUGGAGACUGAGGAGGUGAUAGAGGAGCCAGAAGAGACAGUCACAGAGCCUGAGGUGACAACUGUUCAUAAGAUUAUCAGAAGGAGAGUGAUCAAGAAGAUAAUUAUGGUUGAUGGCAAGCCAGUGGAGACUGAGGAGGUGAUAGAGGAGCCAGAGGAGGUGACUGAGGAAAUGCUGCAGAACCUUCCAGCUGACUCUGUUAUCACUGAGACAGUCACAGAGCCUGAAGUGACAACUGUUCAUAAGAUUAUCAGAAGGAGGAUGAUCAAGAAGAUUGUAAUCAUUGAUGGCAAGCCAGUGGAGACUGAGGAGGUGAUAGAGGAGCCAGAAGAGCCUGAGGUGACAACUGUUCAUAAGAUUAUCAGAAGGAGGGUGAUCAAGAAGAUAAUUAUGAUUGAUGGCAAGCCAGUGGAGACUGAGGAGGUGUUAGAGGAGCCAGAAGAGGUGUCUGAGGAAAUGCUGCAGAACCUUCCAGCUGACUCUGAUAUCACUGAGACAGUCACAGAGCCUGAAGUGACAACUGUUCAUAAGAUUAUCAGAAGGAGGAUAAUCAAGAAGAUUGUAAUCAUUGAUGGCAAGCCAGUGGAGACUGAGGAGGUGAUAGAAGAGCCAGAAGAGGUGACUGAGGAAAUGCUGCAGAACCUUCCAGCUGACUCUGUUAUCACUGAGACAGUCACAGAGCCUGAGGUGACCACAAUCCACAGGAUUAUCAGAAGGAGGGUGAUCAAGAAGAUUGUAAUCAUUGAUGGCAAGCCAGUGGAGACUGAGGAGGUGAUAGAGGAGCCAGAAGAGGUGACUGAGGAAAUGCUGCAGAACCUUCCAGCUGACUCUACUGAUGAGGUGAUAGAGGAGCCAGAAGAGCCUGAGGUGACCACAGUCCACAGGAUUAUCAGAAGGAGGGUGAUCAAGAAGAUUGUAAUCAUUGAUGGCAAGCCAGUGGAGACUGAGGAGGUGAUAGAGGAGCCAGAAGAGGUGACUGAGGAAAUGCUGCAGAACCUUCCAGCUGACUCUGUCAUCACUGAGACAGUCACAGAGCCUGAGGUGACAACUGUUCAUAAGAUUAUCAGAAGGAGGGUGAUCAAGAAGAUUGUAAUCAUUGAUGGCAAGCCAGUGGAGACUGAGGAGGUGAUAGAGGAGCCAGAAGAGGUGACUGAGGAAAUGCUGCAGAACCUUCCAGCUGACUCUGUUAUCACUGAGACAGUCACAGAGCCUGAGGUGACAACUGUUCAUAAGAUUAUCAGAAGGAGGGUGAUCAAGAAGAUUGUAAUCAUUGAUGGCAAGCCAGUGGAGACUGAGGAGGUGAUAGAGGAGCCAGAAGAGGUGACUGAGGAAAUGCUGCAGAACCUUCCAGCUGACUCUGUUAUCACUGAGACAGUCACAGAGCCUGAGGUGACAACUGUUCAUAAGAUUAUCAGAAGGAGGGUGAUCAAGAAGAUAAUUAUGGUUGAUGGCAAGCCAGUGGAAACUGAGGAGGUGAUAGAGGAGCCAGAAGAGGUGACUGAGGAAAUGUUAGCAAACCUUCCAGCUGACUCUGUUAUCACUGAGACAAUCACAGAACCUGAGGUGACAACUGUUCAUAAGAUUAUCAGAAGGAGGGUGAUCAAGAAGAUUGUAAUCAUUGAUGGCAAGCCAGUGGAGACCGAGGAGGUGAUAGAGGAGCCAGAAGAGGUGACUGAGGAAAUGCUGCAGAACCUUCCAGCUGACUCUGUUAUCACUGAGACAGUCACAGAGCCUGAGGUGACAACUGUUCAUAAGAUUAUCAGAAGGAGGGUGAUCAAGAAGAUAAUUAUGGUUGAUGGCAAGCCAGUGGAGACUGAGGAGGUGAUAGAAGAGCCAGAAGAGGUGACUGAGGAAAUGCUGCAGAACCUUCCAGCUGACUCUGUUAUCACUGAGACAGUCACAGAGCCUGAGGUGACCACAAUCCACAGGAUUAUCAGAAGGAGGGUGAUCAAGAAGAUUGUAAUCAUUGAUGGCAAGCCAGUGGAGACUGAGGAGGUGAUAGAGGAGCCAGAGGAGGUGACUGAGGAAAUAUCAGCAAACCUUCCAGCUGACUCUGUUAUCACUGAGACAGUCACAGAGCCUGAGGUGACCACAGUCCACAGGAUUAUCAGAAGGAGGGUGAUCAAGAAGAUUGUAAUCAUUGAUGGCAAGCCAGUGGAGACUGAGGAGGUGAUAGAGGAGCCAGAAGAGGUGACUGAGGAAAUGCUGCAGAACCUUCCAGCUGACUCUGUUAUCACUGAGACAGUCACAGAGCCUGAGGUGACAACUGUUCAUAAGAUUAUCAGAAGGAGGGUGAUCAAGAAGAUUGUAAUCAUUGAUGGCAAGCCAGUGGAGACUGAGGAGGUGAUAGAGGAGCCAGAAGAGGUGACUGAGGAAAUGCUGCAGAACCUUCCAGCUGACUCUGUUAUCACUGAGACAGUCACAGAGCCUGAGGUGACAACUGUUCAUAAGAUUAUCAGAAGGAGGGUGAUCAAGAAGAUAAUUAUGGUUGAUGGUAAGCCAGUGGAAACUGAGGAGGUGAUAGAGGAGCCAGAAGAGGUGACUGAGGAAAUGCUGCAGAACCUUCCAGCUGACUCUGAUAUUGCUGAUAUUGUCAGACAAAAACUAAUAAAAAGGGUACGAAUUGAUGGAAAACCAGUAGAGACUGAGGAAGUUGUUAAAGAAUCUGAUGAGCUGAAAGACACGUUAAGUGCCUUAUGUGUUCCAAGUUUGUCUGGUGUACGCGUGGUGAAAAAGAAUGUGAAGAUAAGGCGAUCCUUGCGAAUUGUUGAUGGGAAAGAAUUUAUUAGUGAGGAGAGGGAGGAAACUCCAGAAGAAAUUCACGAAUAUAGUGGCUUGCAGCCAAACCAACAGCCAAUUACUGUUCCUUUAAGUGAAGGGAUCGAGCCUUUGCCCGUUCACUGCUCUUCACUUGUUGGCAGUGACCCGGGACAAAAGGUCAAAAUUGUGAGACGGUUGAAGAUUAUUGAUGGACAGCCAAUACUCUCAGAAGAAAUCCUUGAAGAUGACCAGCCUUCACCUGAGAGUGACACAGCUGAAAAGAGGAACGUUAGGUAUCAUGUUGUUCGGAAAAGAAGGCAAAUUAUCAAGCGAAUCCAGAUCAUAGAUGGAGAAAAAGUUGAAACUGAGGAAAUUAUAGAAGAACCUGAGACUGAAUAUGGGAUCCCAGAUGAUGGAUCAGACAUGACAGUUACUGAGAUGAACAAAACAUGUUCCCCACCUCAGACUGGCAUCAGUGAAUCACAUGACUCCAUCUCAUUCCCUGAACCUGUAGCUGACAGUUCUGAUGUUCCACAGCCAAAGAUGUCUGUUGAUUGUUGGGAUAAGGAGCUUUACCACAAGAAACAAGAUCAAGAAAAAACAGAAUACAUUCCAGAAAUUACAUGUGAGGUAGAAGAGAUAACAGUGCCUGAUGCAAGCCCCAAAAUAGAUAUUACCACUAAGUCUUUCCCUCUCCCUGUGGAGGACCUACCUCUUCCAUCAGGGGAUGAAGGUGAACCAAGAAGUUCUAAUGCUGAAACUGAUAACAGUCAAGUGUUUUCAGGAGAUGUUUACCAAGAGGUUCCACAGCUUCAAGACAGUGAAGCCAUACUUCAAACCUCUGAGGAUGCCCCACCCCUGCCAGAGGAACACACAGACUCUGACACUAAGAAAACAGAAUCAGACACCUUCCCUGAUAUAGUUGUUACAGAAAACAAGUCAGUUAACAUUCUGAAGGAGGUUGAUCCAACAGCUGACAAAAACAAAGAGACACAAGCACUUGAGUCUGAUAAAGAAGCACCAUCUGCCCCAGCAUGUGAUCCUGACCUAGUUGUGUCACCAGAUUCUGACUCCAUUCCACAACCCGGUGAAAAACUCCUUGAUGUAAAAGAAGAUGAUGCAGCUCCACAAGAUGUAACUGAAGGACAGUUUAAAAAUGACUGGAUUUAUCCUGAUAAUUAUGACUGUGGGGAAGUUGAGCUGUAUCACCAAAGCUCAGAAAAGGCAUCUUCUCAACAAGAAGAUAAUGAGAAAGGAGACCAUGAAGUGCAGCCAUUCCCUGGAUCCUCUGAAUGUCUGUCUAAUCUUUCAUGGGAAGAGGUUAGUGAUGAUCUGAAGGACAUUAUGCAUGAGAUUUCACUUACUCAAGAUCACCAAACUCAACUUCAGGAUUUGGCCAUAAGUCAAAAGAUUGACACAUCAAAUAAAAAGGUUUCAGAUGCAAAAAGAGAUGAAAAUAUUUCACCUGAAGCAUUUGCCUUGCCAAGUGAAUUUGAAGGACCCAAAGAAAAAGAUUCCGCUAUUCCAAAGCCAAAGUAUAAGGAAAUAAAACCUGAUCCAUUCCCUGAACCAGUAAAGAGAGAGGAUGGUACUGAGCAGCUGCUUGAAGCACCUGAAUCCAGCGAUCAUUAUCAGACAGCAUUAUAUGACAAAACUGGCAUCUCUGCAUCUGAUCAAGAUAUUCAGGUGUCAGAUGAAGGACUAACAGCACCCGAGCCAGAACUUCCAGUGCUUCCCGAUGACCUCCAAGAAACUAACAGACCCUUCCCAUCCCCUCACGGGGAAUAUCCUGAUAUUUCCUCAUCUAUGUCAACAGAUACACCGCAUGAUCAUGAGCCAAGGAUGAACUUGUUUGAUAAAGAUAAAUACCCAGAAAUUCAAAAAGAAGUCCAUGAACAGGCUAUUUCUGCUAACCCUCCCAAUGCACCCGCCCCACCCGCUCCUCUCCCUGAUUUUGGUGACAGCAGAAUUCCAUCAUUUGCAGAGCCUGUUGAGUUUGAGAGAGACGAAUCCUCAUUCCCUGACUUCCAGAGUGUAAAUGAUGUCAAGCCAACCAGUGAAUCAUCACAGUCUGUUGCAGUUAUCUGGGAGAAGAAUCAUUAUCAGUUGGAGAAGUUAGGCACAGAUAUUCCAGAUAUCCCACCGAGCACUACUGCAGCACCAUAUACUCCUGAGUUUGGGAUGCAGCUUCCCCCUCAAGACAGUGUCCCUGAUUUCCCUUCACCCACUGACGAAUAUCCACAGCCAGAACUACAUGAACAAGUUCCAUGUCAUAAUGAAAUGCAGCAGACAAAAUCAUGGACAAGUGAUAUGUAUCCAGAGAUGGGAGUCACUGAAGCAUCUGAAUCCAUCACAUGGGAAGAAAGUCCACCUAUGCAACCACCACCAGAGACACAGAUUUCAUCAGGAGACAAGGACAUACCAUUCCCAAGGCCAGGUGGCACUCAAGUAGAAGAUGAUGAAGGAUCAUUUGUAGUUGCAGAUGACGUCGAUGAAAAUUCAGCAGAUACUUUCCCUGUACCCAGUGGCUCUGAGACUGAUGAUCUGCCACAAGGAGCAACAGCAACCUUACAGUGGACUGAUGAUGUGUAUGAGAAGAGCAAAGUUUCUCAAGAAAAUGAACAAAUACAGGAAGAGAAGGAAACAGUAGAUAUGCCACCUUUGCCAGCACCACAGCCUCAGUUUUCCUCUAAAGAACCACCAUUCCCUGCUCCUGAGAGUGAUGUACCUGUACCCAGUGGCUCUGAGGCUAAUGAUCUGCCACAAGGAACAGCACCAACCUUACAGUGGACUGAUGAUGUGUAUGAGAAGGGUGAAGUUUCUCAAGAAAGUGAACAAAUACAGGAAGAGAAGGAAGAAGUAGAUAUGCCACCUUUACCAGCACCACAGCCUCAGUUUUCUUCUAAAGAACCACCAUUCCCUGCUCCUGAAAGUGAUGUACCUCAGCCCUUAGGAAAACUGGAAACCCCUCAAGCUACUGAGGAGGUCAGACUCUUCCAGGAGGUACUGUACACUCAGUCCACUGAAACAAGUAAAGUUGAAACUAUUGAGAGCCAUGAUGCAAGUGACAGUCUCCCCAGCCUGCCACCUUAUGAAAAGGAAAGUUCUCCUGGCAUAGCUCCAUUCCCAGAGCUCCAAGAACCAAGAGAAGAGAACCUUAAAAAACUACCCAUAGAUGAGCAAGAAAAGAUGCAUGAUACUGAAGAACAGAUACAAAAAGAAACAAAAGAAAAGCCCAAGAAAGAUUCAGAAGUUACUGAAACUCCAAAAUGCGCUGAACCAAAUGAAAUGAAGCCAAGAACAGAAUCUUUCCCUGUAGCAGCUGCUGAAGAAAGCCAUGACACAUUAUACACUGCUACAGUUCAAACAGCAGAAGAACACAUUAUGGUCACGCCACAGACUACUGAUAGUGACACAAUUCAGAAACAUGCAGAAAGCAUCCAACAUAGUGAAGAUUUCCCUGAGACACCACUAGGGAUUGAUGCUCCAAAAAGCAGUGAUAAUGUGCAACUGGUUGUUGAUGUUUAUCCUCAGCCUGCAAAAAGUCUUGUCUCUACAGCCACUGAAAUACCAAACACUGCUGCUACUGCUCCACUUCCUUCAGAAAUGCCAUCUCAUAGUUCUCCAACCUUGCCAGAAGUUGAUUUCCCUGAACCUGGAAUAAAGGAUAUUCAAACUCUGGAGAACGAGGAUGUAAAUAUGCUAAGCAAAACAGAGGAAAAGGUAGACGCAGAGAAAAGUGAAACAUUCCCAGAGCCUGGUUCUUCUGAUAAAGAAGUAAUUCGACCUGAUACUUCUACAGACUCCCAGUGGAAUAUAGAAUAUUAUUCUCAAGAGAAACCUGAUGUCCAAGAAGACAGUAAAAUAAAACUUGAGGACAUCUCAUAUUCCACUUCACCUAUUCAAGAAAAAGACUCUGAUGACUUUAAUAAAGAUAUUCCAUUUGCAAGCCCAGUUGGAGAGUUUCCAGAGCCAUUCAAGGUUUCUCAUAAACAAAAAGAAGAACCCUUGCCAAAGUUGUUCCCUGAGGCUCUUUAUACACAAGAAGAAAAAAGGGAGGAACCAGAGUUAGAUACUGUUUUAAAAGACUCCGGUCUGCCCACAAUUAGGGCUCCUCAGUAUGAAGUGCGGCAGGAUGAGACUGAUCCAUCACCCUUCCCAGAUCCCUCCUCAGCUACAGAAAAGGAAUCUCCCAAAGGAGAAAAUGCCAUGGAGCCUCCAGUCUUUCCAAAAGAGACAAUUCAACUUCAGCCUCAAGCUUUUCCAGAACCAGAGGAGAAACCAGGAAGUCCACAGCCUCAAGUUCCUACUCAGUCUCCUUGGACAGAAGAACUUUACUCAAGAGAUGAUGCUCCCAGCACAGCCUCUGAACCUGAAAAAGAGCAAAUUGAUGUUACUUUGCCACGUCUGGGCGUUGAGGAAACACUUGAUUCUAGUAUGCCAGAGGAAUAUUCAGCUCCUGCUGUUGGAUUCCCAUAUGUUUCUGAUAACUUUGAUGAUCUGAAGCCGAGAGAAGAAACUGUCAGUAUCUUCCCCAGCAAUACAUAUGAAGAGGUAGACAAAAGACAACCCAAAAACAUUGGAGAGCAAGAUUUGCAGGAGAUUGGAUUGCCUGUCUAUGAGGACAUUGAAACAACUACUCCUGAUCCAUUCCCUGAACCUGAAGAAAGAGUAAAAGAUCAUCAUUAUCAAACUGCAGAUAUUGAAAAUGCAGAGCAGGAUACAACAAAUAAAAGAGAUAUAGAAGAAGAACCGCAAAAAUUCCAGGAAGAAAUGCUGCAAAACCUUCCAGCUGACUCUGUUAUCACUGAGACAGUCACAGAGCCUGAGGUGACCACAGUCCACAGGAUUAUCAGAAGGAGGGUGAUCAAGAAGAUUGUAAUCAUUGAUGGCAAGCCAGUGGAGACUGAGGAGGUGAUAGAGGAGCCAGAAGAGGUGACUGAGGAAAUAUUAGCAAACCUUCCAGCUGACUCUGUUAUCACUGAGACAGUCACAGAGCCUGAGGUGACAACUGUUCAAAAGAUUAUCAGAAGGAGGGUGAUCAAGAAGAUUGUAAUCAUUGAUGGCAAGCCAGUGGAGACUGAGGAGGUGAUAGAGGAGCCAGAAGAGGUGACUGAGGAAAUAUUAGCAAACCUUCCAGCUGACUCUGUUAUCACUGAGACAGUCACAGAGCCUGAGGUGACAACUGUUCAUAAGAUUAUCAGAAAGAGGGUGAUCAAAAAUAUAACUAUGGUUGAUGGCAAGCCAGUGGAAACUGAGGAGGUGAUAGAGGAGCCAGAAGAGGUGACUGAGGAAAUGUUAGCAAACCUUCCAGCUGACUCUGUUAUCACUGAGACAGUCACAGAGCCUGAAGUGACAACUGUUCAUAAGAUUAUCAGAAGGAGGGUGAUCAAGAAGAUUGUAAUCAUUGAUGGCAAGCCAGUGGAGACUGAGGAGGUGAUAGAGGAGCCAGAAGAGGUGACUGAGGAAAUGUUAGCAAACCUUCCAGCUGACUCUGUUAUCACUGAGACAAUCACAGAACCUGAGGUGACAACUGUUCAUAAGAUUAUCAGAAGGAGGGUGAUCAAGAAGAUUGUAAUCAUUGAUGGCAAGCCAGUGGAGACCGAGGAGGUGAUAGAGGAGCCAGAAGAGGUGACUGAGGAAAUGCUGCAGAACCUUCCAGCUGACUCUGUUAUCACUGAGACAGUCACAGAGCCUGAGGUGACAACUGUUCAUAAGAUUAUCAGAAGGAGGGUGAUCAAGAAGAUUGUAAUCAUUGAUGGCAAGCCAGUGGAGACUGAGGAGGUGAUAGAGGAGCCAGAAGAGGUGACUGAGGAAAUGUUAGCAAACCUUCCAGCUGACUCUGUUAUCACUGAGACAGUCACAGAGCCUGAGGUGACAACUGUUCAUAAGAUUAUCAGAAGGAGGGUGAUCAAGAAGAUAAUUAUGGUUGAUGGGAAGCCAGUGGAGACUGAGGAGGUGAUAGAGGAGCCAGAAGAGGUGACUGAGGAAAUGUUAGCAAACCUUCCAGCUGACUCUGUUAUCACUGAGACAGUCACAGAGCCUGAGGUUACAACUGUUCAUAAGAUUAUCAGAAGGAGGGUGAUCAAGAAGAUAAUUAUGGUUGAUGGCAAGCCAGUGGAGACUGAGGAGGAGAUAGAGGAGCCAGAAGAGCUGACUGAUGAGGUUAUUAGGGCUCCUCAGUAUGAAGUGCGGCAGGAUGAGACUGAUCCAUCACCCUUCCCAGAUCCCUCCUCAGCUACAGAAAAGGAAUCUCCCAAAGGAGAAAAUGCCAUGGAGCCUCCAGUCUUUCCAAAAGAGACAAUUCAACUUCAGCCUCAAGCUUUUCCAGAGCCAGAGGAGAAACCAGGAAGUCCACAGCCUCAAGUUCCUACUCAGUCUCCUUGGACAGAAGAACUUUACUCAAGAGAUGAUGCUCCCAGCACAGCCUCUGAACCUGAAAAAGAGCAAAUUGAUGUUACUUUGCCACGUCUGGGCGUUGAGGAAACACUUGAUUCUAGUAUGCCAGAGGAAUAUUCAGCUCCUGCUGUUGGAUUCCCAUAUGUUUCUGAUAACUUUGAUGAUCUGAAGCCAAGAGAAGAAACUGUCAGUAUCUUCCCCAGCAGUACAUAUGAAGAGGUAGACAAAAGACAACCCAAAAACAUUGGAGAGCAAGAUUUGCAGGAGAUUGGAUUGCCUGUCUAUGAGGACAUUGAAACAACUACUCUUGAUCCAUUCCCUGAACCUGAAGAAAGAGUAAAAGAUCAUCAUUAUCAAACUGCAGAUAUUGAAAAUGCAGAGCAGGAUAUAACAAAUACAGAAGAAGAGCCACAAAAAUUCCAGGAAGAUAGGCUGCAAAACCUUCCUGCUGACUCUGACACUAAAGUAAUUGAGAGUAAGCCAGUGGAGACUGAGGAGGUGAUAGAGGAGCCAGAAGAGGUGACUGAAGAAAUGCUGCAGAGCCUUCCAGCUGACUCUGUUAUCACUGAGACAGUCACAGAGCCUGAGGUGACAACUGUUCAUGAGAUUAUCAGAAGGAGGGUGAUUAAGAAGUUUGUAAUCGUUGAUGGCAAGCCAGUGGAGACUGAGGAGGUAAUAGAGGAGCCAGAAGAGGUGACUGAGGGAAUGUUAGCAAACCUUCCCGCUGACUCUGUUAUCACUGAGACAGUCACAGAGCCUGAGGUGACAACUGUUCAUAAGAUUAUCAGAAGGAGGAUGAUCAAGAAGAUUGUAAUCAUUGAUGGCAAGCCAGUGGAGACUGAGGAGGUGAUAGAGGAGCCAGAAGAGGUGACUGAGGAAAUGUUAGCAAACCUUCCAGCUGACUCUGUUAUCACUGAGACAGUCACAGAGCCUGAGGUGACCACAGUCCACAGGAUUAUCAGAAGGAGGGUGAUCAAGAAGAUUGUAAUCAUUGAUGGCAAGCCAGUGGAGACUGAGGAGGUGAUAGAGGAGCCAGAAGAGGUGACUGAGGAAAUGUUAGCAAACCUUCCAGCUGACUCUGUUAUCACUGAGACCAUCACAGAGCCUGAGGUGACCACAGUCCACAGGAUUAUCAGAAGGAGGGUGAUCAAAAAGAUUGUAAUCAUUGAUGGCAAGCCAGUGGAGACUGAGGAGGUGGUAGAGGAGCCAGAAGAGGUGACUGAGGAAAUGCUGCAGAACCUUCCAGCUGACUCUGUUAUCACUGAGACAGUCACAGAGCCUGAGGUGACAACUGUUCAUAAGAUUAUCAGAAGGAGGGUGAUCAAGAAGAUUGUAAUCAUUGAUGGCAAGCCAGUGGAGACUGAGGAGGUGAUAGAGGAGCCAGAAGAGGUGACUGAGGAAAUGUUAGCAAACCUUCCAACUGACUCUGUUGUAGUUGAGGAAGUUACAGAACCUGAAGUGACAACUACACAGAAGAUUAUAAGAAGAAGAAUAAUCAAGACAGUGAUUAUGGUUGAUGGGAAGCCAGUGGAGACAAAGGAUGUUGUUGAGGAACCAGAAGAGGUGACUGAAGAAAUGUUGCUUGAUUACCCUGAGACUGUAAGAAACAUAUUACCUUCAAAAACAGACGAUGUUGAGACAGUUGAUAGUAAGAGAGAAUAUCAGUUCAUCACUGAUGGUAAACUUGCUGGGCCUUUGGAAGUUGUUGAGGUUCCUGUCUAUGAGAUCCCACAGGAUAGUCUUCUACCUGAAACUAGUAUUGGUGAUUUUCCUUCUUCCUCAGAGAAUCCUGAUACUAAAGAAUUAAUUAUUGAUCAUUUCCCACAGCCAGCAAAGGAUUCUUUAACAGGACUGAAAGAAGCAGAUAAAGUAGAAAUUUGGCAAGAAGAUCUGUACCCACAAGAGGUGUCUGAGGAGGAGCAGUCAACUCAGCCUGAUGACCUCGCAAGUGCUCCAUAUGUACCCGAGGAGCAUGUGGAGCCUCCUCUUCCUCAGAAACAGCUGCCAUUCCCAGUGCCUGAGGAACAGUUCCCUCCCCCAGCUUCAGCUCCAGACCUGCCUGAGGAAACAUCUUCUGUGCAUGUGACCUUUGAGGAAAAUGUGUAUGAAUCUCCCUCUGAGCCCAUUCCAUCUGAUAAACCAGUAAUUGAAUCACUACCAUCACCUCCAUUGCCUGUCUAUGAAGAAAAAGAACAUGAUGAAUCCCAUGAGCAUGUCCCUGAACUUAAACUAAUAGUAGAGGGGGAGGAGGAAGAAGGAGUCUUGCAUACUGAGAGUGAAAUUGCAAAGCCUCUCCUUCCUGCUUCUCCACCCACUGAAGAGGAGAAGUAUGAACACCUAGUUUCUCCCCAGCCUCUUGUAUCCACCCCAGAGGAUAGUAGUCAGUCCCUCCCACACACUCAAAAACCCAAGGAUGAGGAUGUACAUGUUGGUUAUGAACCUCCUAGUGAAGCAAUUGAGAAUAAGGAAGUAGAUGUAGAAACUCUCUCUAUCUCUGAAGCACCUGAAAAUAAAGAGAAGAAUGUUGAACCUCUUCCCAUCAGUGCAGUGCCUGUGUGCCGGGAAACAGAUGUUGAACACACUCCUGACACAACUAUAUCUGAGGAUAUUGGACCUCUUCCUAUCACAACACCUGUGUGUCAGGAAGCAGAUGUUGAAUCCACUCCAACCAUAGCAACACCUGAAUCUAAGGAGGAGGAUGUUGAACCUCUUCCUGCCUCAACAGUACCUGAGUGUAAGGAGGAGGAUGUUGAACCUCUUCCUGCCUCAACAGUACCUGAGUGUAAGGAGGAGGAUGUUGAACCUCUUCCUGCCUCAACAGUACCUGAGUGUAAGGAGGAGGAUGUUGAACCUCUUCCUGCCUCAACAGUACCUGAGUGUAAGGAGGAGGAUGUUGAUCCCCUUCUUACCACAGCACCUGAAUAUAUGGAGAAGGAUCUUGAACAUCUUUCUACCUCUACAGUACCAGAGUAUAAGGAGGAGGAUGUUGAACCUCUUCCUGCCUCUACAGCACCUGAAUAUGAGGAGGAGGAGGUUGAAUAUCUGUCUGCCUCUACUUCACCUGAGUAUAAGGAGGAAGAUAUUGAAUCCCUGACUGGCACAACAGCACCUGAGCUUAAGGGAGAUGAUGCUGCAGUGCAUGAGUGUAAGGAGGAGUAUAGUGAAUCCCAUCCUGCUGUUCUAGAACCAGAAUACAGAGGCAAAGAUGAUUUGCCAGCUGUUACACCAACCACAUAUGAGGAAGAGGGAGAUAAACCAAUGCCCCUCAUCACAGCUCAUGAGGUAGAGGUGGAAGAAGAUAGGACAGAGCCUGUUCCUGAUUCAUCUGAGCAUGAAAUUACUAAAGCCUUUGUAGUGGAGGAGGAACGUAAAUAUAGACUGGCAGAAGAAAGACUAGUGUCACAAGGUGAAACAGAUGAUACAACUCUGGGUGAAGACACUUUCCCAAAACAUGUGGAAGGCAGUGAGAAAGAAAUAGAAAAACAAAUGAUAGACACUAGUCCUACAUCAGAUAUGCCCACCGAACCUUGUGAUCAUGAAUUUACUGAAUCAGAGGGUAUUAUCAAUGUCACUGAUGAUGAAGCACACAGGUUACCUGAACCUGUUCAACCAUGUGAUGACAGGAGUCAGACUGGAGUACAGUCUCCAGAAAAGGAAGAACCAAAGACAACUGAAUUGGAGUUAGAGGAAUCACAAGUGGUUGAGGUUCUGUUGAAGACCGAGGAAGAGGUACCUGAAGAAGCAGAUCAGCAGCCUGACAUGACUGAAUCAUCAGAUGAGGAGAAAGAACCAGUUAGUUUAGACACUACUCAAACAGCUGAGGCACUCAUCCCUCCCAGUGAUGAAAAGAUAUUACCUCCUGUUGGAGAGCUGACACAGCCCAGUGAUGACCUACAGAUCACUACUGACAAACUGAUUGAUGAACACACUGCUGGUCCUCCUGAGAAGGAGCCUCGGAGUGCCCUGCCUCCCCUUGAUCAGGUGGAGAAAGUUGAGGCAGAUGAGUUUGCUGAGGAGGAGGUGCAGGCUGUAGUGCCAAGUAGCAAAGAAACAUCUGAAGAAAAGUUAUUGAUUGAAGAAUUAGUGAUCACUCAGGAGUGGCAGACUAUUUACACCUUACUCAAGCGGCGCCAGACCCUGAGAGAAGAGCCACAGGUAGCCCCUCCAGCCUCUGCCCUAAUGCUGCCCUCCUCAUCAUUGCCACCAGACCAGCAGGAACAGCAAGUUGAUGAGAAUAUUAAGAAAUUACAGUCAGCUCUCAAUAAAAAAGAGGUAAUUGUUGUUCAGAAAGUUAUAAUUUCUAUUGUUGAGACAGUCAGCACUUGGUUAGAGACCAUUGAGUACAGAAUUUACACCAUAAGAAGCACAGAAGACAGCAGUGAGAGAAACAGGCAGUAUGAGCACUUGCAAACUGAGUUGCACAUUGUAGAAGAGAAACUUGUUGUGCUUGAAAAAGUAACACAGUCUGCGGUAGAAAUCCUUAGUGAAGAAACUAUCAUAACCAUCAUAGAAACUGUAAAAUGCCUCAGAGAGCAAGUGAGUCAGGUCGAGAAGGUACGGAAAGAUCAGCAGGAGAGCGUAAAGGAGGAGGAAGAACGUUACAUACACCAUAUGGAAGCAGUAACCAAUGCUGGAGAAGAAGUGUCCAGACUGAGGGCUCAGUUGUGUCAAAUUCAAGAUGGCAAAUUGUCACCCGAAGAAAAGCUUAGUCAACUUGAGGUGCUUCUCAUUACUAAUGAGGAUGCCCGAGACAACAUCACAAAGCUGCUUUUAAGCUCCCAUGAUCUGAAAGCAACACCUGGUCAACAUUUAGGCGACGAGCUUGCUACCCUCCAAGCAGAGCUGUGUGAUGUUCAUGAUUCUCUUGAAAGGGAAUUGGAUCAAGUGCUGCAACUAACAACCAACACCACAGAGUAUGAAGAAACUCUCAUGGAACUCACUCACCUCAUAGAAAUGGCAGAAACUAUCUUGGAAGCAAGAAUAGUGGCCUGUGAUCAUUCUAAUUUGGUUGACACGAUUACAAAACACAAAAAGCUCUUCCUGUCUCUUCGUCAGUGUCAGAAACUGUUAGAAUCUCUGGACACUGCUCUGGAACCCAAUUCUCGAGUUCACUACCAGCAGUUGUACUCUCGCUCCUACAUGAAGGCAUCAAAGCUGCUGGACAAGGCAACACAGCGCAACCACCAGCUUUCUUUACUGGAGUCUGAGUGGCUGCGACUCCUGAACCACCUGAAGGAAGAAGAGGCGUGGAUGAUGUCAGCUUCUGAACAGGUCACUCAGUUGUACUCACUGACCUCUGACACCUAUCAAGAGAACACCACCUCUUGCAAGGACCUGCUGGUGGAGAGUGUGACACAUGAAGCUCACAUGGGCCACCUGGUUGAGAUGGUCCGCAAGGUAGGAGACUCCAUCACCUGCACCCACCUUGAGACCAGAGUCACCUCGCACCAUCAGCGAAGCACAAGCCUGAGGCAAGAAGUCAGCCGCCUUCUGGAGCGCCUGGAAGAAAUGCACGUCCACUGGGCCACCUACCAGACUCAGAUGGACAAGCUGCAGGAGUGGUGUUUGCAGGCCAGAGCUUCACUGCAGAACAUUAACCUCACACCACAAGACCAACAAAGACUGAAAGAACAAUUUAACCAGAUCUGGAACCUGAAGGCUCAGUUUGACAGUCAGAAUGUUCUGCUGAAUGAAUGCAUGGACCACUUUGACAAGUCAGUGGGUUUGGUCAACAUGACUGAUGAAGCCCACCAAAGACACUUCCUCUCCCAGUUCAGGACUGAAUGGAAGGAGCUUGAAGACCUUCUUCAUCAAAAAGAGAAGAAGUUACACAAAAUACAAAUCCAAGUUGUACCUGUUCCUCAGUUGUUGGCUGAGACUCAGAACACACUCUCAGAUGUUGAGGAGGCACUCCAGAACAUUGACACCAACAUUACAUCAGUUCAACAGCUCAGAGACAUAUCAGAGUAUUACAAGAUGUUGAAAAUAAAAAUUAUGAAUAGUAAGGAGAAUUUGGAUCAUUUAACACAAGUAUCUACUGAAGAUGAGGAACAAGACCAAGAUGUCAUGGACACUCUUGGGAAGCUGUCCCUUACCUGUGAAGAACUGAUCUGCACCAUCCAGCAAAGAAUUGCCUCCCUGGAGUACACUCUGGAUAAUGUACAGAAAACUGUCAGCCGUGUUGAGCGCAUUUCUCUCACGAUGGUCCAUCUUAAGAGUACUCUGGAAAGAUGCCAAGCCAUUGAUAAAGAAGGUGAACAGAUCCUUAAAGCUGCUCUUCACUCUUGUCAGACAGUUCAUGGAAGUGUGUCACGGACUGAAGGAGAUAUUACGAAGGUGAAGCAAAGUAUGGAUGGCUUGAGUCAGGACCCUCAUCAUCCUUGCCACCUGGCAGAACUUUCUGCACAAAUUGAUAACCUUGAAGCAGAAUUCAACUCCCUCUCAGAGAGCAUCAAGGAAACUCGUGAAAACCUCAAAGGUCGCCUUGAAAUGUGGCGGAAAUUCAUGUCUACAUCUGAUGCAGUUGAAGGCUUCCUGCAAGAGGUGGAAUACCUCCUGGAAAGUGCAGUUGACUUGCCAUCCUCUGUCAACAUGGAUGCCUUGAGGAAGCAUGUGGAAGAGCUACAGGAUCUUCAAGAAUCCAUGACCACUAAUGAAAGUUUACUAGACAUGCUCAAGUCUCGGGCAGUCCAGGUGGAGAAGAGCCACAGCGUGGAAACACAGCUAGUUCGGUGGAACAACGUCUCCCAAAAACUGGAAUCAGUCAUCUUACGAUACGAGACUGCCUUGGAGUUGUGGAACCGGUUCAUCACAGUGCAGGAGGAGGUCCGCGUGUGGGUGGAAUCCAAGAUCACCAUGGUGGUCUCCCUCCAGUCCAAGGGCAUCACACACGAGCAGCGGGCCCAGAUUCAGGUGCUGGUGGGCGAGGCGGCGUGGUCCGGGGAGCGGGUGUCAGAGCUGAGGCAGCUGGCGCACCAGAUCCGGCUACACGUGGCAGAGGACACCGCUAAGGACACGCCCCUGGUCGCCGAGGUUGAAAGACUUGGGUUCCGCAUAACUAACUUGACUGAGGCCAUCACUCAACUCAGCAGUAACUUGGCACAGCAGGUGAAUGCUGAACAGCAGCAAAAAGAAGAGAAUGCCUUACAGGAGCUUGAGGCCGGUAUAAAUGGAGCUCAUACACUGCUGGCACUUCCUGAGCCUGAAGCCAAUGAAGCAGCAGAACGAGCCACUCAGCUGAAGGACCAGCUUGUGGCACUUGGAGGCACUGGUGGUCCUGUCAUUGAGAGUGGACCUUCACCGGUGGUGGAGGCCUGGCAGGUGGCUGUUCGUGACACACAUUCUCGGUACCAGCAGGUAGUGGCAGGUCUUGGAGGGGAUGAAGAGCAACUUGCAGCAGCACUGACCACUUGGAAACAGUACGUAGAGAGUGUAGAGGCAAGUAUGAGUGCCCCGGCCCCAGCCUCACGCGAGGGACUUCAUGAGGCCUCCCGCCUGUGUCAGGUGCACCGUUCCAUUCUCAACACUCAAACCAACGUCCUGCUGACACUCCAAGAACAAGCCCAGCAGGAGGAUGCUCCUCCACGCAUCAAAGACCUGCAGGGUCGUCUCCGGGAACUCAUCCUGCGCCACAAGACUGUUUUGACAACAGUUAGUGAACGAGAACAAUUGCUUCUCAGGACCAUCACAACUUGGGAGACUUACAGAGUCAAAAUUGCUCAGCUGCAAACAUGGAUACUAGCCCUGGAGCAAGAAAAGCAAGGACUUCAGCUCAGACAGGUUGCAAGAAGGCGACUUGACAAGGUUAUCAGUAGACUGCAGUCUUUGCAAGAUCAGCUGGGUAGAGGAGAGGAACAGGUAGAGGAGAUAGAAAAGCUCUGUCAGCUACUGGUGGCAUCAUGUGACUCAAGCAUACACCCAAUUUUGAAAGCUGAAUUAGCAUCUCUACAACAGCGUGUGACCAACAUGCGUGCAGGUGUAGAAACAUGGCUUGGUUACCUCAGCAAGAGCUCUGCCCUGUGGCAGCGAUAUGAGGAUGUGUAUACUAAACUUCACACCAUUCUGACUGAAAUCCAAGCUGGAUUGUCUGUUGAUCUACCCUCUGAUUUCUGCAGUGUUCAGGAAACCAUCAAAAAGUAUAAUGAGACCACUAAUGUUUUAGAAUCCCUGAGUGGAGAUCUUUCUCUCUUGAGAACCACCCGAGAGGAAAUGGUUGACUCUCUCACGCCUGCUGACCUGCGUCUUGUGACACAGAGGAUGUGGAGGGUUACACAACUGCAAGCUGAACUGCUUCACCAAUACAGGCUUAAAAUCAGUACUUUGGAGGACAGAUUGGAGUUGUGGCAGUUGUAUGAUACCAGAUACCAACAAUUCCUUACUUGGGCCAAGGAUAUGGAAAGAAAAAUUGAUGGUGGCUCAGAACAGUACAUCGAUUCUCUUAUCAGGAAACUCGAACAUGACUAUCAGGAAGACAUAAAUGCUAAGAGUGUAGAAAUGCAUUGGCUUCUAUCGGAAGGUGAAGAACUAAUAACAUGCAGCAAAGAGGACCAAGCUGCUGAUUUGAAGGAGAAAGUAGAGACUAUUGAGACCACUUGGAAGCACAUUCAUGAUAAGUGUAACAGCAAAAAACAAAAACUCCAGGACAUAGUUACAACCAUAAACAAAGCUGAGGUCACUCUGACAGAACUCAAGGAAUGGCUCUUCUUGAUUGAGAAAAAGCUGUCUAGUCCAGUCAUCUUCCAAAACAGCUCUAAAAAGGAAAUUGACCAUCUCUUGGAAGUGGAGGAAGAAAUUCGUAAAGAGAUAGAGAAACAGAGUGGAACCAUCUCCUCUGUGUUGAAUCUUUGUGACAUGGUUAUUCAUGAUUGCAAUGAGUUUGAUGCAAAUGGAGACACAGACUCACUACAAGAGGCCCACCACAACCUUGACAAGCGUUGGGGAGAAAUCUGUACUCGGUCUGCAGGGAGAAUGACAUUCAUCAAGAAAACCUGGAAAAUGUGGCAGGAGUUAGUGACGGUUGAUACUUCAUUUUCGUUGUGGCUGACAGAUAUGGAGGCCAGAUUAAGUAAUUUAGAUGCUUCUUCUAGUCAUGUAACUUACAGCAGCCUUGAGGGAGUGUUUACUGUUGUUCAUCAGCUUCAGCCACUAAUUCAUAACCAAACACCUCAGUAUGAAAACCUCAACCAGCACUACAGGGUACUCGCACGGCCGUAUGGGAGGGAAAAUAGACUGGACCAGGCAAAUGAAAUCCGAACAAUGGUCAAGACUUCCAAUGCUAGAUUCCAUGCUCUUAGUUAUCACAUUACUAUCAUACUUCGGCGUAUUAGUUAUAGCAGAAGAUUAUAUGAGAGGUUUGAGGCAUCAAGAGAGAGGUUACUGAUCUGGUUGAAUGACAUGAACCUCAAGAUAACCGAAUACGAACAGUAUCCACAUGGAAGCUUUGAACAUAAGAAGAGGGCCUUGCUCGGGCUGGUUGCAGAGUAUGAGAGACAUGAAGCGGAAGAGAAGGAGUUUGAAGAUCUGAUAACUUACCUGUACCAGAGGAGUUGCUACUCUGACUGCACCAUCAUAGAGGAAAGCCUCACAGAAUACUGGACAAGCAGGAAACAAAUUCGUACAAGUCUUAUCGGCCUUCAAAAGGAAGUUGAAGAUGAAAUCACACAAAUGCCGACUGCGAUAUCAGAAGAAAGUUUCAUGCAAGAUCAGGAAGAUGACUACAGAGUUCCUCUAGUGUCAGAAGCUGAACUACAAAAUCUGGAGCCAGCCCUCAGCCCAACAGACAUGUCUCUGAUUGGCGCUGUGGGAGGGCGGUCGAUGGCUGUGGAGAUGCGUGUGGCACUAGAUGAAAGUAAAAAGAUAAUACUACAGCUGGAAGAGGCCUUGAAGUGUCCAACACCACAGGCUGCAGAUGUUGAUCAGAUGUAUUACUCUUUUUCAAAACAGCUGGCAGGAUGUCGGUCAUCUGUGGAUUUACUGAGUUCUCUUAAACAACACACCGGUGAUGAUGCCGAGGCACGGGAACUCCAUCCUGAAAUUGAUGCUGUCAUUGAAGAAUUUUCCCAGUUGGAAGCCAAGGCACAAGCCAAGCAACAAAGACUCAAAGAGAACAGUGAGACGUCGUCCCUGACGUGCCCGCUGUGUUGCAGACGUAACUGGCAGCAAUUUGAAAAUGAUAUGUGGAGAUUGGAACAAUGGCUGGCCCACGCCGAAGCCACCCAGUCAACGCAGCAUAGCCCUCCCCUGCCCAUGGAGCAGCUUGAGGAGGUUGCUCAGGACCACAGGGAAUUCCUCAUGGACCUUGAUGGCCACAAAUCUGUGAUAAUGUCUCUGAACAUCAUUGGCAAGCACCUGGCAGAUCACACCCGAGAUCCAAGGCGUGCAGCCAGGGUCAGGGACCGCCUUGCUGCCACAAACCGCCGGUGGGAGGCAGUGUGUGCCGCAGCAUCUGUAUGGCAAGCAAAACUUCAGACAACCCUAAUGGGGAAUGCAGAAUUCCACAGCACAAUCGCUGACCUACUUGCAUGGACAGAGACAACUGAGGAGAGUCUACUGAAGAUUGCAGCAGAGGAAGACAUGGAAGAGGCAGCUCUGCGCGACAGGGUGGGACGCAUCCUUGAUGUGCGGGCGGAAGUUGAGCGGUGUGAGCCCCGUGUAGCGUCCCUGCAUGAGGCCGCACAGCACCUCUUGCCCACACAACAGGAUGACAAGUCUGCCACUGUCCGUGAACAGCUUGCCAUUCUGUCUCGACGGCUUCAGUUACUGCUGCAAAUGUGCUCCAAGCAACUUGUACAACUCUCUCAGUUGCUUGGACAAGAUUUCACAAGUUCUUUAGCAUCCCUUGCUUCCUCAGGGCUGUACGAGUCUGCAGAGUUUACUUUCUCGAGGCCAACCUCACCAAGUUCCCUGUCGGCCAGCUUCCAUUCUGACGCUCAUGACGGGUUUGGCGCGGAGGGCGGCGGCGGCGACGGAGUGGUACGGCGGUCCUACAGGUUCCUGGGCCGGGUGAUGCGUGCAGCCCUGCCCAUCCAGGCCCUCAUGCUCCUCAUGCUGGGCGUGGCCUCCCUGGUCCCCACCUCAGAGGAUGACUAUGCCUGCAGCAUGGCUAACAACUUUGCCCGAAGCCUGGACCCCAUGCUUCGUUACCCCAACGGGCCACCACCAUUCUAAUACAGUAACUUGUAUCUACUUACCUACAGGAUUUACCGUCUUCCCUAAAGAUCUGAAGCGUUUAAUGUUUUAAGCUGAAAUUCAGCCCGAGAAUAUUGUCCUUAUUAAGUAACUGUUUAUCUAACUAAUAUAUAUAUAUAUAUAUAUAUAUAUAUAUAUAUAUAUAUAUAUAUAU